GGGUUAAUAAGCAGGGCUUAUGAUAACAACCCUUUUGUCAUUGAGUCAGGGGAAGGAAAAGCUAACCCUGCCUCCAGAUGAUACCAAUCCUGUUCUCCAGUCACUUCCAACAGCGGGAAGCUAAUGGAUCUGUGUAAAGCUCGCUCUCUCACACACAGACGGAGAGAUGAUUAACAGCUGACUGUAUAUGUUUUAAUAAGAACUGUCACAACUAGGAGCAUCUGAGUCAAGUCCCCAGCACCAGAAGGGUGAGGGAGGAACAAGCUCUUGAAGAGGAGGGUGCAAAAGACCUCCGUCUUGUUUACGGAGGUAGAGUUGGUUUUCUUGUAGGUAUGCUGGUGGCAAGAGUAUGAAGGUCCUCUGAAAUUGGCUGCAAUGUUUGGAAGUUUGGUGCUGACGCUGCUGGUAGCAUGGGUGAGUCUUCGGGUAGUCAGAGGAGACAAGGAACAGGUCAACCUCACUAUGGCAGUGGUGCUUCCGGAAAAGAACACCGCGUACCCAUGGGCUUGGCUGAGAGUGGGUCCAGCUAUCAAAUUGGCAGUAGACAAGAUCAACAAUGACCCAUAUCUUCUACCAGACCUACAUGUCCAAUACAUCCUUGGAAACAGUGAGAACAAGCAAGGAAAGUGCUCGGACUCCUCAGCUCCACUUGUUGCAGUGGACCUCCAGUUCACCUACCAUCCUGAGGUGUUCUUAGGCCCUGGGUGCAUGUACUCAGCAGCUCCCGUCGGUCGGUUUACUGGACACUGGAAGGUCCCCCUUGUCACAGCGGGAGCUGCUGCCUACGGGUUUGGUGAGAAAGUUGAGGACAAUAAGUUUACCACAAGGACAGGACCAGUCCAUACCAAGCUGGGACAGUUUGUGGUGCAGAUCCACCAACUUUUCAACUGGACCAGCAGGGCAAUGGUUGUCUAUACAGAUGACAAGGAGGAUGACCGUCCCUGUUAUUUCACAAUGGAAGGAGUUUACAUGGAGUUACCCAAAUUUAACAACUUGACCGUGCUGGAUAUGCAGUUUAAAGAUCGAGAACUCACCAACUAUACCUCAGUCAUUCAGGAAAUCAAGCAGAAGGGACGCAGUAAGUCUGACUUCCAAAACCUUUCCCUUUGGGGUUGGGGCUAAGGUAGCCUUCUAAUAAAGGUCUCUAUAUAGAUCUUAAUUAUUAUUAUUAUUUGAUUUAUAAAGCGCCAACAAAUUCUGUAGCUCUGUAUGUUUUGUGUUUUUUUUGGGAGGAGGAAGGAUCCCAAUGUGGCUAAAACCUUGCAAAGCAUUAUAGGAGUUGCAGUGCUACAGGAGCUGUAAAACUACCUGUUAUCUUCUCCUAAGCUAGUACAUUUUAUGUAGCCGUUCACUCUGCGGGAAAUUUAAAGUGUUUAUUUAAUGUGCUUCAUGUGGCUUUAAUAUUGAAUAAACCCUUUAAAAGGAAAUAUUUUUUACUGGCAAAACAGUUAUUACUUUUUAAUUACACAAAGCAUUUGCCAAGUUACUUUUAUUUUUUUGAUUGUGUUAAAACCACUGGAAAAAGCAUGCAAGCUAUCUGAGAUUUCCAUGUAAUGUGAAUCGAUAAAAUGAAUACAGUUUUACGCCCUAAAGCCAGGUUGACCAUGCUCAGUGGCUUUUACAAAGUAAUGAUGCUGUAUCACUAUCAUUUAUCCUCCGGUCUGAAUGAUAAGCCAAAACCUGUUGGUUUAUUGAAUCUUGCACUAGCAUACUUUAUAUAGCAGUACAGAGUAUGCAACCUAUUAAAGAGGCUGGUUAGAGAGCCAUUAUACGGUUUGUUUGGGAAAGGGUUACACUGGGUGUUGUGGGUGGGAAGACACUGUUUUUCUUAAUUAGAACCCCCCUCCCUUCUCUCCCUGCUGUCUGUAAUGAUAAUAUAGGAAGACUUGUGGGGGGGAGCAGUGCUGUGAUUGUGAAAUCUUCGCUGUGAUCCAGAAAUGCUCUCUGAGGAGCCCCUAUGCCGAGCGAAGCUGGGCGGACACAGAGUAUUCCUGGCUGAAGUGAGAACUUCCCUCUGCUGAGCCACACAGGCUUCAGAUUAACCUAUUCAAUGCCAGAGGUGUUCAAGGUAUUGCCUUGCUCACAUUUCUUGAUUUUUAACCCUUUGCAAGAGAGUUGAGAUUUACAUUCAAUACUAAUAUGAGGUUUAGCACUGUGGUGCUGCUUAUGUCCUUUAUGGAGAGCUGUCUAUCUUUAAAAAAUGCCUUAUUGGCUGUAAAGAGUUAAGUGGCAAAAUUCUCCUGGGGUCUGAUUAACAAGGUCCAGUGAAUGAAUAACCAACCAACCACUAUUAGCAGAGAACCUUGAACCAGACAGGCAUCCAUUUUCUAAUACCCACUGUCUGGGUUUAUGGCGGGUGACUGGCAGAGAAGCUUCCUUUGAUUAUGGGUUCUGUGCCAAAUGUUUUGUCAAGACUUUAUUGUUAAAGCAUAAUGAUUAACUCUUCCAGCAUUGCAGCACAUCUCACCCUCCGCACAGGUGCCAUCCAUGUCGGCAAAUGCUUGCUUGAUUUCCACAUAUGAUGAUCACAUCUUCUGGUAUCCUGAGCUCCCCCCAAACUAAUCUUUGUAAUACGUACAGAGCUUCUCAAAUCCAAUCAACAUCUUCAUAUGUAUACAUCUCCACUAACCAUAUAUUCUUCUCUUUCCAAUGCACAGAGCUUCACAAAUGCUGUAGCUUGCAUCCUCGUGUACAGAGCUUACACAUUUAACUCGCCUUCCUAUAUUAACUCAACCCAUGGCGUCUUCAUACAAACAGAGCUUCCCAAACGUAACCCAUCACUUCUUCAUACAGACAGAGCUUAACAAACCUAACAUAUCACUUCUUCAUACAAACAGAGCUUAACAAACCUAACAUAUCACUUCAUACAAACAGAGCUCCCCAAACCUAACCCAUAACUUCUCCAUACAAACAGAGCUCCCCAAACCUAACCCAUCACUUAUUCAUACAAACAGAGCUUCCUAAACCUAACCCAUCACUUCUUCAUACAAACAGAGCUUCUCAGCCCUAACCCAUCACUUCUCCAUACAAACAGAGCUUCCCAAACCUAACCCAUCACUUCUUCAUACAAAGAAAGCUUCCUAAACCUAACCCAUUACUUCUUCAUACAAACAGAGCUUCUCGACCCUAACCCAUCACUUCUUCAUACAAACAGAGCUCACCAAACAUAACCCAUCACUUCUUCAUACAAACAGAGCUUCCUAAACCUAAUCCAUCACUUCUUCAUACAAACAGAGCUUCCUAAACCUAAUCCAUCACUUCUUCAUACAAACAGAGCUUCUCAGCCCUAACCCAUCACUUCUCCAUACAAACAGAGCUUCCCAAACCUAACCCAUCACUUCUUCAUACAAAGAAAGCUUCCUAAACCUAACCCAUUACUUCUUCAUACAAACAGAGCUUCCUAAACCUAACCCAUCACUUCUUCAUACAAAGAGAGCUUCCUAAACCUAACCCAUUACUUCUUCAUACAAACAGAGCUUCUCGACCCUAACCCAUCACUUCUUCAUACAAACAGAGCUCACCAAACAUAACCCAUCACUUCUUCCUACAAACAGAGCUUCCUAAACCUAAUCCAUCACUUCUUCGUACAAACAGAGCUUCCUAAACCUAACCCAUAACCUCUUCAUACAAACAGAGCUUCCUAAACCUAAUCCAUCACUUCUUCAUACAAACAGAGCUUCUUAAACCUAAUCCAUCACUUAUUCAUACAAACAGAGCUUCCUAAACCUAACCCAUAACUUCUCCAUACAAACAGAGCUUCCUAAACCUAACCCAUAACCUCUCCAUACAAACAGAGCUUCCUAAACCUAAUCCAUCACUUCUUCAUACAAACAGAGCUUCCCAAACCUAACCCAUCACUUCUUCAUACAAACAGAGCUUCUUAAACCUAAUCCAUCACUUAUUCAUACAAACAGAGCUUCCUAAACCUAAACCUUAACUUCUCCAUACAAACAGAGCUUCCUAAACCUAACCCAUAACUUCUCCAUACAAACAGAGCUUCCUAAACCUAACCCAUAACCUCUCCAUACAAACAGAGCUUCCCAAACCUAACCCACCACUUCUGUAUACAAACUAAGCUUCCCAAGCCUAACCCAUCACUUCUGUAUACAAACUAAGCUUCCCAAACCUAACCCAUCACUUCUUCAUACAAACAGAGCUUCUUAAACCUAAUCCAUCACUCAUUCAUGCAAACAGAGCUCCCCAAACCUAAUCCAUCAUUUCAUCAUAUGCACAGAGCUUUCUUAACCUAACCCAUCAUUUCAUCAUAUGCACAGAGCUCCACCAGAUUAACUUCUUCAUAUACACAGAGCUUCUCUAACGUAAACCCUCAUUUCUUCAUAUAUGCAAAGCUGCCCAAACCUUACCUGUCUGCUCUUCCUGUGUAAGGUUCCCCAUAAUCCCUUCUUCAUAUGUACAAAGCUUCCCACACCUUAGUCUCUUCUUUUGUGUCUUAAGCGCCUCUAAUCUAUCUAUCUAUCUCUUCCCUAAACUAACCCAUUGCUUCAUGUACAGACCUACCCAAAAUAACACAGAUCCCUUCUUCCUAUGUACAAUCUUUUAAACCUCACAGUAUGUUCACGGUCUGUGGACCUGCAUGCUUCCGCAUGCUCCAUAACAUGUAUAAAAAGUAGCAGAACUUCCUCAACCUCUUUCUCUAGAUACAAUGGAUUGUUUAUACAACGCUCCGGAUGGCAGAUGGAGGGAGAGAUUGCAUUAAGUUUUAUUUGUCUCAAAGACUAAAAGACUUAUUUUUCCUGCCCUUCAAUCCCAGCAUUCCCCCCCCCAAAAAAAAUAAAAAUAACCUGUUGAGAUUUAUAGCAGUAUUGAGCACAUCUUGUAGAAUUCCUUGAGGGUUUCAGGGGGUCCUGCUGAUGCGUAGUUAAUAACAUUUUCUUUAUGUGGUUAUUCAGUUCAGGGAUAUUAAUUAAAGAGAGCGUUUAAAGUGAAUUCUAAGUGUUAGGCCAAAGUAGCCAAGCUGGAAUUAUAGCUGAUUUAGAGAAUUUCUCCAGUUCGUCUAUUUUGGUCUCGAGUUUAAAAUUCCCUUUGAAUUCUCACCAUAGCAAAACUGUGGAUUGGUUUCAUUAGUUAUAGGUUUACUCUUUAUCUGCAAUAUAACCAUGUUUACUAAUACAGUAUUUUGUAGAUAUUACUGUCGAUACUGCCCAGGCAUCAGUGCAUUGCGUAGAAUUGGGCUUACUACAUUACAGCGUUUAUUCCCCACCCAAAUUAUCACACAGAGAGCCCUGUGAUGCAGAGCUGGCUUACUUUGUUAGAUCAUUGUGAACUGUGUUUUUUUAAAAUGCUUAACCAUUAUUGAGGCUGCGAAGAACAAGGUUUGACCGUCACAGGCCUAGUGUGAAACCUUUGCUGCAUUUAUAUUUACAUUUUCAACCCAUGCUUUUAAGGAAUUAGUUAAAUUGUAGUUACUAUAGCAACAAUAAUUAAAUCCUGCCUCAUCUAUUUAUAAACCUUUUUCAACAUUGCAGUAAUAAUUCUUAAUUAUACCACCCCUAAAAAAAUAAAAAUUCUGAAACUUCAACCAUUGCAAAAUAAUUUUUAUUUUUAUUUUAAAUGGUUUAAGAAUUAACAUGUCUGCUCUAAAAAUAAGUUUUUCUUAAUGACAAAAAAUGUUGAUGUUUUUUGGCAAGCAUAUUCUGAGGGAUUAUAUUUUGAUUGUAUUAGACUCAAUAUGACAUGUAGGAUAUUUAUGUAUUUGUAGUGUUUUACGAAGAAGGAUAAAGUUAGAUUGCCCUCGUUUUUAAAUAUGUCGUUUGAAAGGUUUAUAUAGAAAACUUAAUUAUUUAUGUAGAAAACCGAAUUUGAAAAUAAUUAGGCCAAACAACAUAGUUAAACAAAAAAAAAUAUAUUAAGAAUUUAAUAAGUAUUACCAUUUUAAAUAUUUCUGCUUAAACAUAUGAUAAUUUAGGUUUUAAUUUACCUCAAUUUGUUAAUAAGUGAAUAAGUCAGCUGUCGAACAAGUCUAAUACCUGCUUAACGUACAAUAUGUAAGCCAGUGAUGAGAAAGUAUAGUAUGUGUUUAACAUUCGACAUAUAAAAGAUCAUUUACAAUAAUAGCUGCACUUUGAUUUAAGAUACACAUUUCUUGUAUUAUGGAGAGGUUUGCCUUGUUUUAGUGUAGGACAUAAUCUCAGGGGAAAAAAUCUCAAGGUUUCUUUUGCUAAACAGGGAGUGUUGGCGAGUUGUAUACCGGAUAACAAAAUUUAGGUCUUAGAGAUAAUUGUCCAACUCCGUUACCGUUAGAGCUUGGCCACUUCAGUCUGAAUGUCGUCAUUUGAUUUUCAGUACACUGCAGUUCGCUGUUUAGUGACUAAACCCUUACGUGUUUGUAUAAUUUUUGAUAUGUUGUGGACGAUUUGUUUGGUUAUAUGACUAUUACUCACUUUUCCCCUCAUGUGUCUAUCAACUCAAUCAUAAUAGAUUUUUGUAGACCCUCUAUAGCUGUCCCAAUUUAUUCCUUAGACCAGGGGUUAAUGCCCAGAUAUUGCAGAACUACAACUCCCAUGAUGCUUUGCAUGCCUCUACAUGUCUUUAGAAUGACAAAGUAUCAUGGAAGUUGUAGUUUUAAAAUAUCUGGGGAUCUACCUUUUGGGCAUUCCUGCCCUAGACUAUGGGUAGGCGACCACCGGACUCCAGAUGUUGCAUUCUCUAUAUCACCUGAUGCUUUAAGAGCAUUAUGGGAGAUGUAGUCCACAACAACUGGAGUGCUGCAAUAUGCCUACCUCUGUUCAGAACGGGUCUGCAAAAUUAAAACCAAUAUAAAAGACUGGGAGCUGAACGUAUCAUUAAGUAGAUAAACCCAGCGUUUACAUUUUUCUUUGAAUUAUACAUGUAGAUUUUACCAUGUUUCACACAGCGUGUAUGAAGCCCCCAUUCCACAGCACGUACUAAAAGUAGGACAGUCAUCAGAAAACAUCUCAUUGGUUUCCAUGGUGAUUGCUCCAUAACUACAACUUUGCCCCAUAAUUGCUUUUCAUACAGAACCUGCAAUGUGCAUAUUAUUAUGUUUUCCUCCGGCUGUUGGUUUCUCCAGUGUCAUUCUGUUUUUCUAUUUUAUUUUUAUUCCCAUUCGGGUCAACUGGCUCUUCUUCGUUAUUGGGUCAAUAAAAUUAUUACCAACUGAGCUGGGUAUUAAAACCAGUGCCUAGAGACCAGGGAGUGAAAGCUUAAUGUCUCCUGGGCUAAAUACCUUGCUAUUGUUAUAUUACAGCCAUCUAGCAUGUCUUUAACAAUCGAUUCCUAUAAACACCUUCUCACUCGCACAAGGGAAGGAAGUGUCUAUCCAGAAUAUUAGCAGCCUGACAGCCGUUUCCAACUACUCUUCCUGGGGAAGGCAGCAGUAGCAGGAGGAUGCAACUCCCUGACAUUCCUGCAGACCUCUCUCCCUGCGCAUUCCACCGCUUUAACUUACACACAGCCUGCUAACACUACCUGGGGCGGGACAUUCAGAACAUUUUACCUUUUCAGGGAAAUCUUUGUAAAUUGUUAAAGCAGCACAUUAGUUUAGCAAUCACGGGAAGGUAUUUGAGGUCACAUUAGUCCCUUUAUCAGCAAUCUUCGCGAUCGACAAUAGAAUGUGCGGCCGUGUGCUUUUGCCAUGAUGCAAUAUUGCUGCUGUUGUGUGGCAGAUGCUGGCUAUUAUCCUGCUGUCUGAACACAGCACUAAUCAUCUGCUCUCCUCUCCAUUCAGAAAUGUCAAUCUUCCCCUGUGUGACACUCAGAUACUCAGGGAUUGCUGCCUGGGGGGGACCCCUCUGGAUAACAAGGCCCAGCUGUGGGCAGGAGAGGAAGGAAGGAACAAGAAUGCAUGCAUUAAAAAUAAUUCUGAGACCUGCUGUGUCAGGAUAUAUUACCGAGAAUGGCUGGCAGAAAAGACCAGUGUAAACCCUUUCAGAUCCAGAAUGAACGGGGAAAGGAUAACUUCUGCUGCUCACAUAGGGAGUAAAUUAGGACACUCAACUAUUAUAUCACAAGUCUAUGCUUCCUCCACUAAAACGUGUUUUUCUUUCAAAAUGUAACUAGUCAUGCUUUGAAGGGAUAUUAAUAGUGUCACUGACAACCUGCUAUGGUAGGGAUACAUGUGGUUUAAAUUGUAACUGCUUCACUCUGGGAGUUGAUUGAUAAGGGCCGUGGGUCUUGUAUAAUUAUAGUUAUGAUGGGAAGGAUGCGGACCCUAUAUGUGUGAUCAUGUCAUGCCGAGUCUGGAUCAUUACAUUUUCUCUCACAUUGCAAUAGGUGGGAUACAGGCUUUGCAUAAUAGUACUACACACAAAAUACAAAAUCCUCGGCACUUGCUCAUUCACUAAACAGCAAUUUCAAUUUCAUAAACUAAUGAUAUAAGGGCAAGCAUUGGGCUGCUAGAGUAGUGCCUGCUAAGAAUGGGAUACAUUGACAUUGUGGCAGGCUUAUGCAAUGUGUGAUCAUAAACUGUAACUAAAACCCCAUUAUUUUUUGCUUAGGUAAGGUAUUUUGAAAUAAAACUAUUACAUUCUGGGAGACUUGAAAUUGCUAUUUAGUGAAUGAGCAAGUGCGCUGGAUUUUGUAUGUUGUGUAAACUGGCUAUAGCAGCACCCUUACAAGUAUGCAUCUGAGUGCAGCCCUCUUGGGUUCACUGCAUAAUAGUACUGGGACAGUGUCUGCCUGCGAGGGGUACAAGCUGUGGUGGGAAUAAUUAAAGUAUUCUCAUAUCCAUGUGCUGUCGGGGAGAUACAAAACCAUCUUCCCUCCAUGUACCUGCACUUUGUACGAAAAGCCAAGAAUUCUGGGAUGGUGUCAAUAGGGGCCUCCCCUGGACACCCUGACAUUACACCAAACUGCCCCCUGCUGGAACCCUGCAGGACUCAUUGGCAAGAUGGAAAUAAUGAAACCAAUUCAUUAUUUAUCACAUAUUCAUUUCUUCUGUUUAUAUUUAAUAGCAUAUUAACUCUGCCUAGGGUGAAUAUCAAUAACUCUCUUGAAAUGUUUUUUUUGUUUGUUUGGUGAUUUGAGGUAAACUAUACCCUACAUACCCUCAUUCGCCAUCUCUUUCCCUUUAUACGGUUAUUCACCGAAAGUAUGCAUUGUCAGGAAUUCAAAGUGACAUUUAUUUUUCACCCAAUACAGACAAACUGAACUCAUAGCCGACUUUGAGAGUUUUUCCACUUUUGGCUAUAUUAGCCUAAAAUUUUAAAUGAACUUUAAUUUCUCAGCAAUUUACACUUUAGCGAAAAAACAAUGUACUUUUUGCAAGAAUGUAAAAUGCUUUUAAGAAACAGGGAAAUAAUUACAUUUCCCAAGAGAAUAUUUUCAGGAAUAAGCUCUGAACAAAUGGUGGAGGGCAACUAACUUAAGCAUGAUUAGAAUGUACAAUUUCUUCCUCUUACGCUAAUUCAAUUUUAACAAAUCAUUUUUACAAAUAUUACAUAAAUGAGAGUAAAUGAGAGCAUACACAUUAUAGGAUCAAUUGCACGUUUUCUGGCAUUUUUGCAUGCAUGGGAAUUCACACGAUGCAGCCUUUUUGCUCAUGAGGGCAUGCCCUAUUGCCAAAAAGGAGGGGGAUGGGGGGGUGGAAUAACACUGCCUACUGCCUAGGAAAAAUACAUUUUCUGCAUUUUUUUGUUCUGAGCAAGAUUUUCACCCAUUUACUUUAUGAUGUCAUUUUAUUUUGAGAUCUUCAAAUAUUUUUCUUAUCGACUACACCAUGGUUCACAGUAGAGACACAUCAUGGUAUAUAAGGAAAAUGACUCUGUGCUUGCAUCUUAUCACAAAAAGGGGUCAUUAAUAUAUGACAAGGUUUCCAGACACUAUUAGUAGUAGUAGUAUUAAUAGUUAUAUGGUGCCAACAUAUUUUACAAUGCUUUCAAUUAGAGAGCGAGGUAAGGAAAGGCCUGAUCAGAUGAGCAUAUAAUCUAUGGUAGUAGGUCUGUUAUGGAGAUAGGGUUGAAGUCAGUCUUUGACACAUUUUAGAGUCUAGUUUGACCAUCUAGUAGGUUCCCCAGCAGCUAAAAACCACCAGGGAAUUGAAGUUUUGCACAUACCUCCCAAGUGUCCCUAUUUAGGAGGGACAGUCACUCUUUUGGACCCAAAUCCAUCUGUCCCUCUUUUCUAUCAUAUUGUCCCUCUUUUCUAGUAACUCCAACUUGUUGUGUUUUGAAUAUAUAACAGAGCCUGACAACAAUAAUACUCCCAGUAAUGUAUCUUUAAACUACAAUACAUGUGUUUAGAAAUCAGUCUGUGUAAAUAAGAUACAUUGUUCUUGUUCUAAAUUACAAUUAAGUUGCAUUGUUAUUUCCCAGAAUACCAAUGAAUCUGGCCAUACCCCCACUCACACCCCAUUUGUCCAUUUGAAUGGUUUUGCAUCACCUUGUGAUCUGUCGUCCAUCUCUGUUACACAGACUCAAUAUUCCUCCUGCAAUCCCCAACAGUAUAAAACAACAUGAGUUAUGUAUAUAGAGCAGGUCUGUGUGCGUGUUAAAAAACUAAAGCAAACGCCAUGGUAACUUGAACUAUUGCUGCUAAUUGCUCCAGUUUCAGCUGACUUGUCCAAUAACUGCUCCCUACGCAGAUCCUUGAGGGUUCCACAUGUAAUACAUUCUCUAUGACAGGUAUCAGAGCAAACCAUUAUUCUUGGUUCAGUUUGUGAAUUCAAAGGUAUAGCUUUACUGUCACUAAAUGACAGGCAACCAGAAUGCAACAUAGCUCAUCUUUUAAUACUUAAAGCGUUACUUCAAGCACCACGUCCACUACAGUGAUUUGAAGUAGUCAUGGUACCUGGAGUCUGUAUGUCCAGUGUUUCACUAUGAAAUGCUAGACAUACAGAGUUUUACCUCUUUGCUGCCAGAGGUGUAACUCACCCUCUGGCAACGUCACUGGGGCGUCAUUAGCCAGCCUAGACCUAGAGUUCUGGGCUGGCUAAUGUCCAUUCUGUGCAUAUUCCUAUCUGUCAAUGAACACCUGCAGGAAUAGCAUUUUGCGUCUACUGCUCUGCAGAAUUUGGAUGCACAUUACAGUCCACUGGAGGACCCUUAGAGCCCUGCAGGACCCAGGAGCGGUUUAACCCACUACCAAGCAAUGGGGCCAGGGUACUCCUAGCAUCAGAAGUACUAUGGCAAAAGAAGUAGCCCUUUAAGAGCACUAUUGCACCAGUCCAGUUCUCUGCCAAAGGCAGCGUAUUAUGGACACAGACAAAGUAGGAUUGUGGUUUUUUUUUUUUAAAGUGUUUGUCUUUAUUUGAUAUGAAAUUAUUUGAGUCAGUGCUCAAUCCACAGUUGGUCACUAAUUAUAGGUAAUAUUUAUCGAUAUGAAUGAAAUCAUUAUGAUAUAACGAUUUUGACUUUCGGCUACGAAGCACAAUCCACAAUUCCAUUCUACUGCCGAUGUUCCGCCAAAAGUCAGAAAAUGUUGUUGGCUUAAAAUCAUGCCUAACUUGUGGGUUAUUAGUUAAAGGGACACUAUAGUCACCCAGAUCACUUCAUCUCAUUAAAGUUUUAGAGAAACUGCAAUAAUUACCUUGCAGGACUCAGACUGUCUCUAGUGGCUGUCAAUCAGAGGCACUAACUGGAUGCUAAUGGACUCCGGGUUAACUAAAUGACACCGGACGUCCUCACAUUCUGCAUGAGGAUGUCCAGCAUCAGUGAAAUCCCCAGAGGAAAGUAUUGAGGCAAUGUUGCGCAUGCGCAUUAGGAUCCCCUGCUGAAUGACUUCGGAGGAGGUGGUGCACCAACCCAACGCCGAGGGUAUCUGCGCUGGAAUUGGGUGAGUAAAAACGUUUUUUUCUUAACCCUUUACAUGCUGAGGGUGUGCUCAAGGGAGGUGGGGAUUUAUACAUUUAAAUUCAACAUUACAAUGGCUUGGCAAAAUUUCUAGUGAAUGUAUAGAUUGGGGGGGAGGGGCUUGAGAGUUAUGGUGGACAGACGCAUUUUGGGAGAGCACCUUAUCUGAUUCUGACACCGGCUGGUCCAACUGGGAGCAAUUUCCUGCAAUUUAUUUGUGGAUUGCAUUGACUGAGCUGGGUCUUGAGCUUUAACUUGGCACCACAUCUAUAUGAUGUAAUCCUUUGAUAGUUUUUGUUUUUGACAUAGCUUUUUCUUUUGGUUUCUUAUUAGUGUACUUUUUUCUGUCUGUCCUCACUGGAUGUUUGCUUAUCAUAUUUACAUACUUUAUGACCAAACUAGGGGCCUCUUAGAUGGAUCUUGACGUAGGACACACGACUGUCUACUCGACUACCAUCAAUUUAUAAAAUUGUGCAGAUGCAUAAUUAUAUGAAUGACACAACAUUCUUCAUGUCUUCUUUAUUUUGAUACUCUGUGAUUCUGUCUAUAAUGUUGUAUUGGUAUGCUUUCGCACAAAAAAAAAUAAAUUAAAAAUAAAUUAUGGACAAGUCCUUUUCCCAUCUUAAAUCAUUACUUCUGGAUAGACUCCUACAUCAAAGAACUGACUGACAGUAGAAAGCAGGAGAACCCACCUACAGAUAGUUCUCCUGCUCUAUGGCACAGAAAGCACAGCACAUGCACUGGAUUUGCUAUGGUUACACCUUAACCAAUGCUUUUUGUACUAAUGUGACCCUGUUCAAAAUUGGUGUACUGGCAAUGAAGCCUAUGAGUCAACAUUAAUGAGGAAGCUUUCCCUGAUUUUGGAAGUCUCCCAGAGCAACACAACAGGCAGGACCUGAAAGUUUAUCAACCGCAGAACUAGGGAGGAGAACUUACUGCAUUGAGGGUAAGUUGUUAAUUCUAUUAGUUUUGAAUAUGUGAUUUAUCAUUAUGAUAAAGUAUACAUUCAUUUUUUUUUUUCUAUAAAAAGUGAUAUUUUAUUACAAAGAGUUGUGCAGUCAUAGCAGUAAUCCAGACCAAUGUAUAAACAUAUUUCAAAACAAUGCAUUUCAGUUAACGUGGACCUGUCACAACAGGUUAACGUCUCAUUGACACCCAUUAACAUGUCGAUAAAUAUUACCUAUAAGACUGAAAUAUUACCCCCUCAGUCGUGGUGCUUCCUGUAUCUUUGAUCUUAGCGUGUUGUAUUUGUAGUCAUAUGAAGUCUGUAUAUGCAUAUGAAGUAUGUUCAAUUAUGUUCCUGGAAAAGCUGUAUUUGCAUAGAUUUCAAGAUAGCUCAUUCAUUGUAAAUGCUCUCCAGGGAAAUUCGUUAGGUAGCUUAUCCAACUAUCACUGAGGAAAAUACCUUCUUUCUUGCGUUUCUGCAGUGAUGGGGAGGGUAAAUUGUCACCAGAAUUGUGUUUUUUUUUCCAGCUACUACUAUUCCUAUUAUCCCCUUCUCAACCUUGUUAUUAUCAUUAUUUAUAUAUAACCAACAUAGUUUGCAGCGCUAUACAAUCAUAAAAUGGCUAUAAUUGACAAGUAGUUGGCAUACAAAACAUUAACAGAAACAAAAGGUGAAGAAGGCCCUGCUCUGAUGAGUUUACAAUCUAUGAGAAAGGGGUAUAAGCCAGGGCACGACAAAUCGAAGGUCACCAUGGCGUCUAGGAAUUUUGUUUGACACCAGGGUAUUUGUCGGCUGAGGGAGAAUGAAGGUUACGCCGAGGGAGCUGUCAUAUUCUGGCUCUUCUUGCUCUGCUCCCUUGCGCUUCCUGCUGUAAUGCCUGGAGAUGGGAUAUGACAUCACUCUGGCCCCAGCAUCACUAAAUGGUGCACGAGCGAGCAAAUCAAGAAGAGUUUGAAGGUAAGAGCUUUCCCAAAGGUAGGGAGGCUGGGUGGACCUAAAUUAAAAUAAAAUGUGUGUCUGUCAAUGUGUGUCAAAUCAGUGAGUGUAUAUCUGUCAGUCAGUGAUUGUGUGUGUCUGUUUAGGUGAAUGGCCCCCAACCAUUGGCAUAGGUGUUUUUACUCAUCUUUUUCCCCGCACCGUGACAGUCUCACCACGACUGGCUUCGCCUCCAUGGCUGAGAUAAUCAGUCUCGAUGAUCUCAGCCAAUCCAAUGCUUUCCCAUAGGAGCAUGCAAAGCACGUAAAGUUGAAUGUAGGUACUGCACACUGUGCAGCACUGAACUAGGAAGCACCUCCUGUGUUCUGAGUGACUGUCACUAGAGGUGUUGCUAAGCACUGCCUUUUCUCUAAGCUGUAUGUAGUGGGUCUCGUGACCAUAGUGUUCCUUUAAGAAUUGUAUUUUUGUCUUUGAAAACAAAGCUUUCUUAGUUUAAAAAACCUGACUCCUAACUUUUUUAAGCUGGCUCCUAGAUUCAAAGCAAAUUUGUCAAGCCCUGGUAUUGACACAAGAGAGUGAAGGAGGGAUUAAUGGAUAGGAUGCCUUUAUUGAAAUAAGCUAGUCAAAAUGGUGUGUGGAAGAACUGAACCGUAAAAGGAUGGCAAGUGAUCCAUGGAGGUGAUGCAAUUGUUAUAAGAGGAGCAUCACCAAGGAAGAUGGUAGAAUUUACUAAAGAGUUGUCUUCAAUUAUUUCUGGAGGAUAAAGGACUGGAGGCUAGGAUAGAGUCUGAUUGCACUGGGUAGUGACCUAUAAAGGACAGAGAAGCCCUUGAAAAACCGUGCAAAUGAGAGUUGGCAGUGUGGAGCAAGCAGAUGUAAAAAGAAGGUCGCUAGCACAGUGAAGGCAACGAGAAGGCAUGUAUUUGGGGAAUAAAGAGUAAAUAGAAUGAGGAGUGGAGCUAUUAAAGGAUCACUAUAGGGUCAGGAACACAAACAUGUAUUCCUGACCCUAUGGUGUGAACACCACCAUGUAGCCCCCCUGGGCCCCUCAUGCCUCCAUAAAUAUAGCAAAAUCUUACUGUAUUCAAUCCAGAAACUGUAGAUCUGCAUGCUGUUUGUCUAAAAAAAAAAACAAGCAGUCUGCUGACAUCAUCAGAAGUGGUGGCCUGAUCCAAUCACAGUGCUUCCCCAUAGGAUUGACUGAGACUGACAAAGAGGCAGAUCAGGGGCAGAGCCAGCAUGAUUCAAACACAGCCCUGGCCAAUCAGCAUCUCCUCAUAGAGAUGAAUUGAAUCAAUGAAUCUCUAUGAGGAAAGUUGUGUCUGCAUGCAGAGGGAGGAGAUACUGAAUGUUUGAAUGCAUUUUAGGCAGCCAUGACUCAGGAAUGAUCUCUAACAGCUAUCUGAGGAGUGGCCAGUAUGGUAUCACUAGGCUGUAAUGUAAACACUGCAUUUUCUCUGAAAAGACAGUGUUUACAGCAAAAAGCCUGAAGGUAAUGAUUCUACUCACCAAAACAAAUUCAAUAAGCUAUAGUUGUUCUGGUGACUAUAGUGUCCCUUUAAGAGCUUUAUAGGUAAAUGUAAGCAGUUUGAAUUUGAUACUGAAGGGUAAAGAAAGCCAAUGUAAUGAUUGACAAAGGGGCCAGGUGUGGGAGUAGUAGUCAGUCAGGAAGGCGAGCCUGCCAGCAGCAUUCAUUACAGUCUUAGGGACAGUGUGGGUUUUUGGGAGGCCAACGAGUGAGAUGCAGUAGUCAAGUCAGGAAAUGAUAAGUUCAUGAACAAGUGCGUUAGCUGUAUCUUGAGUUAGAAAAGGGUGAAUAUGGGCAGUAUUUUAAGAUGGAAGUUACAGGAUUUGGAGUCUGAUUGGAUAUGAGGAGAGAAGGUAAGACCUGAGUCCAAGGCAGCGGGCUUGAGGUACAUUGGUGUGCAGGAGAUAGAUGGAACAGGGCUAUUUCACUGGAAAAUAGGUGUUCAAUUUUAGAAAGAUUCCGCUUUAGAUAACAGAAAAAAAUCAAGUUAGUCUGUAAAAUUAGAAAUUUGUGACGUGUUCCAGGAGAGAGGUCAGAGGAGGAGAAGUAAAUCUGAGUAUUGUCGAAAAUUUUUUAACAAAGUUAACAAGAAAACAGAGCCCUGGGGGAACACCAACUCAUAUUGUGUUUGAUGACAGAAGACUCUUUAGUACUUACACAUUAAAUUUUGUCUUUGUAACAAUACUUACCUGGUUCCCAAGCUGAUCUAAAACCUACGAAUGGGCCGUUUGUGCUGAACGACAAUAACCGUUUCACGUAGCCCGAAUUCCAGUGAGGAGAAUACUGCUCAUGAUAGUAGCACGUUCUUUAAGAGGCAAUGGGGGCAUAACAAUUCUUCUGGCUCUAUUUGGUCCACUAAGUCAAUUAACACAUAAUAGUAUUUCAACUCCUCUGGUGAUAUUUACUGUGCCCUGUUGUGGUUUCUAUUCUCAGUACUCGUUAAAGCGUUCCUUGUUACAUUGUGAUAUUUCUGUUAUUGUCCUUGGCUUUGUUCCUGACCCUGAAUUCUCUUCAACUCGUUUCUCUCUUGUUUUCCUGUUCUAUUGAUAUAUUGUUUACCUGACUCUGCCUACUUCUCAUUUUUGCUGUCUCUCUGUUAUCCUAAACUAGGCUUAUAUUUAACCACGUUUCCUCUCUCUUAAAUUAAGUCUGACCACUCUACAGCCUGGUAAUAUGUUUAUUUCAGUCCAGUUUGUUACUGCUAUCCUAGACACUGUGUGUUGGGGUUACACCACGUGACAGACUGCUUAUCGCUAAAAUUCGAAAAGCAUGGUUUGUAAAUGUGUGGGUUGCAUUCCUAUUAACUUACUGACACAAUUUAUAGUGGUUAUCAAACAGUUGCUGUUUGUUAGUUACUAUCACUAAAUCACUUCCCUAACAUUCUUUAUAGCUAUAAGCAAAAUAUCCUGUUUGUUUUUUUAUGUUUUUUUUUAAAUAAUCUUUAUUGAUUUCGAAGUUUUUUGAAAAGAGAAAGGUACAGUGAUACAGCUGAAUAUAGCAGGAUCGAACAGUACAUACAUCAAAACAAAAUGGUACAGAGUGCACAAAAGCUACUGGGACAUAGCACCAUCAAACCUAAUGUUAGCAAUAUUCAUAGAUCCAUGAAAACUCUCUUAUGACACUGGAGCUCGGAAGUGUACAAGAAUGCAAGGAAACCUCUAACGUGCCUGAAAAGGACCACAGAAGACUACAGCAGCGUUAAAGUUUAUUUAUAUACUAGUAAAGUUGAAUGGACAUGAGGCCCUUACAGUAACGGCAUAUAACACCCUCGAAACCUACACCCUGAGAUAUGGGAAGUCAUCACCUGGCCUCCUGAACUUACUCCAAUUUAGUUUAUUGGGGAACACAAGCAAAUGAAGUCAGGAAAAAGAUAAAAGAAAAAAUAGGAGACAGGGAAAAGGUACGACUCCAGCCCAACCCUAUCGAAGCUGCAAAUUACCUGGCCACCUAGAUUUGCAAUGUGUCAAAAGGAAUCAGUAAAAGGUUCAACUCUACCCCUGAUGAGCAACAAAGUCUAGCCAACAACGCGAUAUAUCAGGGAAUUUCUCUUCACAACACUAAAGAGCUGCCGUUAUAGCAUCCAUGUUUCUAAUCUUUUGCAUUUUAGCAAACCAUUGCACUAAGCUUGGCGGGGUCAUUUGUUUCCAGAAAGCAGGGAUAAACACUCUUACCACAUUGAGAAAGUGCCUCAUGAGGAAUUUUUUACAUUUAGAAAUUGGGAGUGGAAUAUGUUUAACCAGGUGUGAACUGAGCAUUUUCUCCCACUAUUGAGAUCAUCCUCUCGUGAACCUGGCGCCAAAAGGGUUUUAUUUGUUAGCAUUCCCAUCAGAUGUGGAGCACUGUGCCCGUGUCCUGGCUGCACCUUCAGCAAGUACUAAGAACAUCCAUGAAGAGCUUGGUCGUUCGGUAUCUCCAUGACAUAAGUUUAUAAUUUUUUUCUUGAAUGGUGGAACUGAUGGAGGAGCAUUUAAGUAAAGCGUACAUCUUCAGCCAGUUUUCCUCCGAAAACACCGUCUCCAGGUUGUCUUCCCACAAUUCCAUAAAUUACGGAGGAGAUAGUUGGAUCAGGAUUACCUGUUGGGUAUUAAGAAUGCAGAUUUAUCAUUUUAGAUAUUUUUUUAGUUGUUAUAUGAAGAUUUAGAGGAAUCUUAUCAUAUCUACAAUAUCUGGUGUAUACGCGUAUCUAUAGGUAUCCCUACAUCUCUUCUCACUGGUGUUUUAUUUUUUAAUAUUUUCUCACAUAGUCUGACAGUUUUCAACUUUAUUUGAUGCCCUCCUGUUUUAGAAUUUUUCUUUUAAAUGAAUGACUGCAGAUCCACAUGGACACAUAAAUAAUAAAGUACCCCUCUUCCCUCCUGUCAUUUCCCCUGACAGCCAUUUAAUAGCAUUAUAAUAAAGUGUGGCCAAUUGCUAAUUAUCCUCAGAGUGAAGUUGUAAUCCUUUGUGGCGUCCAUCCUUCCUUUGGGAAAUAAAUCACGUCUGUCAUAUUUCAUGAGUAAAGUGUUCGAUCCACUGCAUCAACACUGCUGUUUCUUUUAUACUGAUUAACCCUUGGCUUGCAUCGUUUAAAACAAUGUGAUUUAAAGCAGUAAUAACUCAGGUGCUGGAGAAAUUAAACCUGUUUGACAGCACAUCCAAGACCCAACCAUGAAAUUUCCUUCCAGCGAGCCUCAUUUCAAACACAGAAAGUGCCGGGGAGAUGGAUUGAGUCUGUUUUGUGUAUUACAGAGGAUUUGCUGUGGCAGAGAACAAACAAAUCUCGGAAAGCGGUAGCAAGGACAGAUCUCAAGUGCUUGAUCAUAUUCAGAGCCAAUUUAGAGUGCCUCUCUGACUGUAGAAAAUGCUUACGUUAACCACCAGAGCAUACACACAGUCUAUCUGUUUAGAGAUUUUGAAGAAUAAAUUCAAAUUCCCCAACCACCUUUUGCCUUUAGUGAUGACAGCGAUAUAUAAUUAAUAAUUUUCCCUCUUAAAUCUUUGCUUAAAUUCACUUUUUGAAGUGAAACUUUUUGAAUACUGUUAACAUAACGCCUUCCCUUCUGACCCCAUGUAUACAGGUAUUCUAUGAGACACCUAUAUUCCCCUUUGCUCUAGCAAUAGCAUUCAUCGUGCAGAGGGCCAUAGGACUUCACAUGGUCCUUCCGUAUUGUCUUCAGUGGGGCUGGAAAAAUACCUUCUUCUGAAUUCUAAGAAGGUAUUUUUUUUCAAUUUGGAUUUUAUUGGUAUUUAUGCAUCCAAUAUACAUCUGUGUCAUUAUAUAUAUAUAUAUAAUAUAUAUAUAUAAUGUAGGAAGAAGCAAAAGCAUACAUGGUAGCAUCACAUGACAAGGUACAUCUGAAGAGCUAAGAAUAUUCCUAUAACUGAAGGGAAAGCAUUAUGGAUAUAAUAUGACUAGUCAGGCAUAAUAACCAUCACUUUGGGUUUAGAUUAUAUUAGGGAUUAUGCAAUCUGUAUGGCUAAAUAUGCUGGAUUGCGUUAGUUUAUACACAAGGGGAUCAUCACAAAGAGACAUAGAGUUUUGUGUGUUGCAACUGCACUCUAGACCUGUAAGGCUAUGUGUCAUUUCUUAAACUGCAGCCUCCAGACUGGUGGGUCCUGGGUUGCGAAUUAACUUCUCCUGGAGCGCCUACUGGCUCACAGUCCUCUGAUCUUUGUAUGGUCUUUGUUUGUGGCUCCUCUGGUAACGAUAGUUGGUGUAGAGAAAGUCUCUGGAUCAAUCCCCUGAGGUCAAGGUGAGUAUGCUGUCCUCUUUCAUGACUAUUAGAGAGCCCUCCACUCCCCAGUUACACUUGAUGGAGUGAUCUCUCAGUCUCCCGGCAAUCGGGGCCAACUGUCUUUUUUCCAGCAACACCAAGAAACGGAAGGUCUACAUAUAGGGCGAUAUCACAGCCUUUGUAGUGCACUGUUCCCAGGGCUCUGGAGCGGAGUCAUAAUGGCGGAUCUUGCCGCUAUAUCUUUGGUGACGAUGAUGACAUCUCUGCGGGCUGUAGCCGCCUUCCUGACCCUGAACACCGCCGUCACCAGUGAGGUAUCUGUCUCCCACUUGCGGCUCAUAGUGGCCACUAGCUUCCACGUGAAGGACAGCAAUUCCUCUCCCCCAAUUUGUUCAUGGAUACCUCUUAGGCGGAUAUUGCACCACCUGUGUCUAGACUCCAACACAGUGACCGUCUUGUGCAGCAUCUGGACUUGGUGGCUAAGCUCCUUCACCUGGUUCUUAGUCUCCGGUGUUUGGCUGUCGGUGUUUGUCUCCAGUAGAUCUUUCUUCCACAUGCGCCUCAGCUCUAUUAAAAACCUAUUAAUAUCCCCCUUGGUGGAUGGGGAAGAGUCUUCCUCCAAUUCAGAUUUCCUGUAUACGCCAUCUGAGCCGACUGAUGAGGUGGAAUCAGCAUCCCCCUGGAACUCUUCAGAGGCCUCAGCCUCGUUUUGAGCCUUGGGUGACGGCCGCACUGUGGGCUUCUCAAAAGAGAGCCUGAUGUCGGGCAUUCAGGAGUCUUCCGGGCGGCGGGAUUUCUUGUGCUUGCUUCCCAUGGUUUGUCUCUGGAACGUGGAGGGUAUGGUUAAGUAUAUUUUUGCUGAUAGGGUAAAGUUCAAUUUUUUUAGCGGGUCCGUGUGGGAGCCUCACUAAAGCACUUCUGGUUUGGCUCGUUGUCGGCCACGCCCCCUCCUAAGAAGGUCUUUUAAUCACAAUUAAUAGGAUUCAAUUUAAUAUCCAGAGAAGUGUGAAGUCACGGAGCACACUUCAGGAAAUGUUUGUAAUAAAGUAUAGCUCUGUAGAGUACAUGCUUGAUGUAACUAUGCUUACCAUAUGUAGGCAUUGUGCCCCUGUACAGGCAUUAUUCUUACAUUAUGGUUGCAUUUUUAAGAAGCAGCAUUCAUAGAAAAAAAAUACCCAGUUUCUUUCAAAAUAUAUACACAAGCAGGGGUAUUUCACAACAAAUGCUAUUUCUCCUUUUAUGCUAGUUGUUAUUAUUAUUAUAUUUAUAGAGCAAUUAACUAAAUGGUGUGCAAAACUAUUCAAUAAUACAAAUGUGUGUGAAAUAAUUGUAGACUUAUUAUAUAGACUAAAUCGUGCACAUAACACAUUUAAAUAAAUCAUUUUAAAUCAAUAUUGCUCCUUGUAGACCCAGAAAGAAAAAUUAAGUGUAAUAUUGCAAAUUAUUAGGUCAACUUUUCUAAGUUCAUGUAUAUGAAUUUCACUUACAAGAUAAGAAUGGUAUGAGUGCCACUCCACACAAUUAGAUUUAGGGAGGAUGGGUCUCCAUCACAGUAAAACUCAUCCACAUCGGAGAAAAAAACUGCCGUCACCUUCAUUUUCCAUUAAAUUUUUUUCCAAAACUAAAAUAUGUUAAAACAAAUGAAACUAAAUGUUUUUCACUUGUUUUAAAACAAUUUUUAACUUUCAUUUUUCUCUCUAGCUUUACUUGCUACCAGGAGCAGUAUUGAUCUGUAGGUAUUUAUUUAAAUGUGUUAUGUGCACUGUUUAGUGAAUAAACAUUUUUACUAUAGAACCACAAGAUGGGUCUGUAGUUGUUUCAUAUAGCAUUUAGGAAUUUUUUUAACACACUUGGAUUAUUGAAUAGUUUUUCACACCAUUUAGUUAAUAGUUCUGUCACACUGUUAAUCACAAGAGUGUUUAUGGUUGCUGGAUGUCAUUUCCAAAAAUGGUUUUGUGCUUAGAAUUUGUAUUGCUAAAGAAAUUGUACCCCUAACCACAAGGCACAAUUAUUUAUUUAGCGUUAACAAAUUGCGCAGUCUUUUUGCUCAUGUGGGCAUGCUUUAUUGCCUAAAAAAGGGUGGUUGGGAAUAACACUUCCUACUGUCAAAGCAAAAUAAAUGCUUUACUUUAUGAUGUCAUUUUAUUUUGAGAUUUUCAAAUAUUUUUCUUAUUGACUGCAUUAUGGCUCAUGGCAGAGGCACAUCACGGUAUAUAAAGAAAUUGAAUCUGUGCUUACUUUAGCUUAUCACAAAAGACAGGCACUAUUAUUAGUACUAUUUAUAUAGUGUCAAUAUAUAUUCAAUAAGAAAAAGGGUUGAGAUAGGCCUGCUCCAACACACAUAAUCUAUGGUAGGUGGAUAUAUAUCACUAGCUAUCUUGCCCAAAGAUUCCUAGGGUUUGAACUGAAAUUUUGCAGUUCUGUGGCAGCGAAGUUAUCAUUACUCAAAAUACUACAGACAAUACCCUGCCUUAUAUUUUUAGAAUGGAUAAACAAUUUACUAAAAAUAGUUUGAAUUUUAUUUUUUAAAUUUUUUUUUUUAAAGAAGAACUUGCAUGGACUAUUUCUUUUUCUGAGAUCCACUCUGCUAUAUAUAUAUCCAGAUAUCGAAGCUUUAAAAAAUCCUACUAUCCCCCUUUUUUUUUUCUGUUUUUUUAUUAAUAAAGUAACCUUUUUUUCUAUAUAAAGUGUAUUAGAUUGUUACAUACACAGCAAUUGCUAAUAACGCAAAAACAAUAAGUAAGAUGAGCUGGUGACUGAUUCUAAACAUAAAUAUAUAAUGAAACAAAGCUGGAAGAAUGUAUUUUUUAAAGAGCAGAGUUUACAAUUACAGGUGUGUAUAUGUAUGUAUAUAUAUAUAUAUAUAUAUAUAUAUAUAUAUAUAUAUAUAUAUAUAUAUAUAUAUAUACUUUAAACUUGUGAAUUUAAGCAAUAUACUUUCUAGAAACUUUUAUCCAAGAUAAAAGGAGCUAAUCUGUGUAUACUUAAAUAAAAAAAAUAGAAAAAUUGCCAUGCUUUGAAAAAGUGCUUAAAUUGCUUAAACUAAAAACCAAUAUAUAUUGACCCAACAGGUUUUUCUGUUUUUCCAUGGGACAUGUUUGACUGCAGCAUUUGCUACAAAAGGAUAUUCAGAACAAUUAAACCUGCAAGCAGUUUAGAUCCGUACAAGAUAUUUAGUGAGACCAUGGCUAUAUAUUGUUCUAGAUUAAUUUAAGUAUUUUAUUUUGCUAUUUAUGUAUGUCAGAUUUAUAAUUCACAACGGUGCGACAUAUUUACAGACUCACUGGAAGAAUUGUAAUUUUGAUGGCAUAGACUUUAUACUCCUCUGAUGAGUUAUAUUUGAUAUGAAUACCUGCAGCUAUGGAGUGUUUAGAACAUGUAGAAUUGGUCUGUAGUUGUACAAUUACAUGUCUUUUGUUUUUCUCCAGUGAUUAUAACUCCAAGGUAUUUAAUUGGUUCAUCACAUCAUCUGAAAGAAUAACUGUUCUCCAAUACACUCUUUGUAGUCAUUGGCAGUGGCUUAUUAAGAACCUUACAUUUGACCUUCAUUGUUUACCCUGAUAAUCUGGAAGAACACAGGUACACAUUUGUAUUAAUUUGGCAAGGCAGUAAAAGACGAUAUCGCAGUGAUCAAGAUAUUAGCUGAAAAUGAGGCAGUGUAACAUUUGCAGAAAUUCCACAAUUGAGGCUUUUAAUAUGAAUGUCAGUUAUAUUUUUGUUUUCUGCUAGUGUUUCUGUGAUUAAUACAAAUAGUAAACGUGAAAGUGGGCAGCCCGGUCUAGUUAAAAUUGGAAGAUAACUAGAGAUGUGACUCAUAGUUAUACUGACAUGAAGACAGAGCUAUGCUAAGGUUGUAGCUCUUUCAUGGAAAACAUAUUAAGGAGUAUCCUCCACAGAAACGGGUUAAUUAGUGCUGGUAUAAGGCUGCCCAACCUAUUGUUUAGAACGUUAUAUACUUCAUAUACUUUGACAUACAAAUUUAUGAUAGAAAUCAGCUUGUAGCUACUACAGCAAGAAGGGUCAUUCCUUUCCCAAUGAAUGACUACAGUUGGGAGCUCAUGAAUUUUAUGUUGGGGAUUUGUUUCUUUCAUUAAUAAAAUAUCCAUUUUGGGGUUAACAUCUCCCAGUAUUUUGAGUAGAAGUUAGUUACAAAUCCAUCUGGUCCAGUAGGCUUCUAGAGUUUACAUUUCUUGAAAAUUCCUAUUAUCUCCUUCUGUGACAUAUCUUCAUCCAAUAACUUAAUUAUUUAAUCAUUCUUGUUAGCUCUGGAUAAGACAAGAAAGAGAGAGCAGUUUCGUUAGGUUGUGUGUGAAGACACAAAAUUGUCUACUUCAAACGUGUGUUAGGUUAUGGACUCACGGUUGAUCCAUUGAAUAAAUUAAAAUAAUAUUUAGCAAAUUCUUCUGCAGUGUAUUUUGAGGUCACUAUCAAUUAAACCUGAGAAAUUCUUAGUGGCAGAUACUGUACAUGUUAAAACUGUGUCCUUAAUCCUCUCUAUUUAUUGGCUGCCAUAAUAUCUGGCUGAUUUGCUUUUUCAUAGAACUAUUUUCUUUGAGCAAUUUGUUGAUAAUCCCUCUAAUCAUGAUAAUUUUCUUAAAAGGUUUUUCUUCGUGUGUCACUUUAUGUUGGCACUGCAGCGGCUUCAAUUUGUGAGUUCAUUCUGUCUCUAAACGAUGGGCCUCUUUCUUUGUGGCGGACUCUAUCCCUAUAAUUACACUUGUCAUGUAUGCUUUGAAAGUCCACCAAAUGUUUUUGUAGGAGACUUCUUCUGUUUCUUUGAAAAGGAAAAAAAUAUUAAUUGCCUGACUUAUAUCCAUAUUUACAUCACAUAAUGUUAUUCAGUGGUGUGUACGUUUUCUAACUGGUAUGUAACAGAGGUUUUUAUCCCAGCUAAUGGGACAGUAUAAACUAGGAGAACAAUUCUCACACGGACAGAGAGAACAUCCUCCUGGAAAUCUCCUGUUCUAGGGUUUAAUGGAUUAAUAAAACGAACCAAUCAUGAAAAGCUAAUGUGAAAUGUAUUCAACGUAAAAAUGUUUUGUCCAAGGUUUGUAUAGAUUAGGUUAUUCAUUGUUCGCUUAUGGUUAUGUGUUGUCAAAACACAUUUAUUUCAGAAAGAUUUUACCAGGUGAAAAUGCAUGAGGCUCAGAGGGAAUGUCAGGAUUUUAAUAUGCAAUUAUGUAGCGUUGAGAAACCUUGGCCCCCACCAAUAGAGAGAUUACCCCCUAUCUAGUUCCGCCACUGUAACAAAAACAACCUAGUUUGCACCCACCAGCCUCUACAUCCUCAAUGUUGCUCUUACUUUCUUCCCCUAUCCUCUCUCUUGUUCUUUCUUUCAUUGACCUGUAUCUAUCUCUUUCCACAUCCUUAUGCUCCGACUCAGAGAUUUCAUUACUAUUAAAAACCAUAGAGGGCAGGCUAUGGAGUAGCCCUUUUUCUCAUUACCUGGCAAAGGGAAUUAAUUCGCCUCCCGAACAGGGACCACCCCGAUAUCCCAUUUAGAAUGUUAGUUUAGAACAUUUACACCUCGCAACAUGGUGUCAAACCGCAAGGGAAACAAUUAAUGAGCGUUCGCGGAUUGUUUCCCGACUCGUUUGUUUCUCAAACGAGGACCUCCCCUGUGCCCCAUUAGAACGUUCACACCAAUUAAUCAGAACGUUCGCACUUGCAACAUAAGUGUGAAACUGCAAGGGGUGGCCGCCAUUUCGUACAGACUAAUACCGUUCAGGGGGAGCAUUUGUACCCUGAAUGGAGAUGCUUCCCUUGCAGGGUUUCACACAGACACCUUGCGAGUGGAGCCUGGUCGAGGAAGGUACUGCUGUGAGGGUCCCUGAGAUUGGUGUGGGCAUUCCUGAGGCACUGGCGAGUUUCGUGGGCUUUGCGGUGCCCGCUGGGACAAAAAGACCAGCUCUUUUCCCGUGAGCGGACUCUCUGGACCCGGGAGACAAAGGGACAGUCCCAUUUUCCCCCACUAGGUCUCCCAGGUACAGAGGUACAGAGGGGUUGUGUGCCAUCUAAACAAAAUCUUGUACAUUUGUUCUUGUGAAGUUACACAGAUAGACACCUUGGCUGCAGCCUCCCAAAAGUCUCCCCAUUCGUCACCAUCUAUAUCCCCCUCAUAGGGCCCCAGAUUGUGGAAGUUGAACAUAUGUAGCAUCUUCUAUAUUAGUAAGCAAAUAUUUUUUUUCAGGUAUUUUGACUUAGCCUGUCCAUAUUGGCACUGAAAUCCCUCAGCAUGUACAUGUGAGGUGCGUCCCCAUGUGAUCUAUUAACUUACAGCAGGAGCUGUUUCCAACCACCUCUUCUGCAUUUGCGCCUUUUUCUGACGCUGGCCACAUAGCUCCACCUCCCCAGGCCUGGUUUAGGAUGUGGACAUUUAUUCAUCAUCAUACUGAUGACACGCACCCACAUUCUGGCUUCAGUAAAAAAAGUUGACCAAACUCUGCCAACUUAUUUAAGGCUAUAUAAGCGCAUUUAAGAUGUUUUACUGUGCCCUUGUGUGGUUUCCAUUUCGUAGUUAUGUGAGAGUGCAUUUUCCGUGUAGUAUUAAUUGACUUUUCUGACCCUCGCGGGUUUAUCAAUUAUUCUUUAUUCUAUUCUCCCUGACCUUUGGCUUGUCUUAUUGUUUGUUACAUUCUGUCUCCCUGACCUUUGCAUAUCUUGUACUUCUCUAUUUUGUGUUAAGUCCUGCCACUAUAAGGCCAGGUAAUAAGCAUUAGUCUCCUUUUUCUAUCAACUUUUAAAUAGUUUUUUGUUUUUUUUAAUCUUUAUUUUAAUUUUAUUUUUGCAAAGAAAAACAAAUAGGCUUGUAAUGCCAUAACAGCGAGGACAAGCCAGGAUAUGUCAGUGAAAACAAUCAAUAUUAUGACAGAUGUGAGAACUGCACAGUUUUUAGAAUUAUAAACAUGCUUAUAAGAAAUAAGAAAGUGGGAUUAUAUCAGCAGUAACAAUAUUAUAGAAAAUCAGCAGACAUUGACAUAGAUAUAAAUGAGUAACUGUCUAAUUUGUAUGUUGAUUAAGAGGGAUAACGCUAGAUUGAAACAUUGCUCUGGUUUUGGUGUAUAAUUACAGGUCGAUUGGUAUGUCGGCAAAGUGGCAGUUGGAAGGUUAUUGCUGACAACUUGUGCAACGCUAAAUUAUACAUGAGAAUAAUAAAAUAAAAAAAGGCUAAAGCAAGACAAAAAUAGGCUACUACAAUAUAGUUGUACUCUACGAGUGGUAGGGCCCGUGACCACUACUCCCAGGGGAAGCAUAGAGGGGGAGUAGUUACUUAUAACUAUGGUCCCUCCUGCCCUGAUGCUAACUAGCAUAGUGACAGAGGAAGUCAGUGUCCCGGUAGUCCAAGUUUGUCCACUACGCCAGCCCCAGGCCAACUGCUGCAGCAUUGUCCAGCAGAUCAACCAGUAGGGAGAUCGGCCGCUUCUCUAUUCUUGAGCUAUUUUAACCCUGUUGGUGGUUUAAAAUGAGUUUAGCAACAUACACUAAGCAUUCACUAAGUUAAAGAUUUAAAGUAGGCUGAUGAAGUUUAGAUUUCGUAAUCCCAAUCUUUAUAGCAGUUUUUCUUUCUAAGGUUUGAAGCCAGCUAAACAGAUGAAUUUCAGUUUACCUGAUGAUAUUAUGGCAGCUGUCUACCUUUUGGGACACUUUCAAACUCACAAUUGAGCAGUAUUACAGAUAUGUCCAUAAUAUAACCCCCUGGCGGUUCCUAAUCUAGAAAGACAUUCCCUCUGUUCCAUAUUAUUCACUGUAUUCUGGUUUCUGGGGAGACAAAAGUCCACAAACGGCACAGUACGCGUAUUUUCAGUUAAUAAGCUUGUGGAUGCCUGAAGCUAUUACAAGUCAGUGUGUGUGUGCCUUAACAAGCAUACUCUAAUUAUAAUUACAAUUAUUUAUAUAACGCAAGCAUAUACCGCAAUGCUGAACAACAGGUAAACAAACACUAGACAUGAGACAAAUACUAAAUUCUAACAAAACUUGAUUGACAUGGUGGAACAGUGGGUAAAGAAGGCUCUGCUUAAACAAGUUUACAAUCUAACUACUUCAAACACAAGUGGUCAUGAUUGGCUGCCUUGUUAGCCAUCCUUUAAUCACCCCAACCACUUCAUCUAUGAGAAUCCCAUACCGGCCCUCCACACCCCCUACUAUCCAGAUUUAACACCCCAGUUUGGGAGAAAGUACGCACCUGUUCCCUGUCCCUUUAAUGUAACCAUUCGUAAAAGAUUUGCGUCACUGUGAGCUUAUGUGCCUCCCACUCCUUUUAAACGCAGUCAAGUGACUGCCGAUAGAGCUAUAUCAUAAGUACUGAGAAGCCAGUGUAUGAAAAUGCAGCCAUAUGGAAAGUUCCAUUCCAGUAAUUAUAACCAUUAUAAAAAUAGAAUGUUAUGGAAAUUGGUCUUCUGUGAUCAGAAAACCGCAUUACACACACUAAGGCUGUGUUUAAAUGUAAAUGUGAUGUAUAUAUCAAUGAAGUCGGAAGCUGGUUGUCUGGGGAAUCUCCAUGCUUCCUACAUCUGUGAAGUUGUGCUGCUCGCAACCAUUUAAAUUAUAUUAACACAGGGGCAAAUGUUACAUAACAUCAACAAUAUUAAUGGUACAUGAAAAUGUUAUGCACCAUGGAAUACUUUUAUGUUGUAUAAAUAAACUACAAUAACUGUAAUUGGUUUGCAGCUUACUUCUGUCUCUAUGCUCAUUAGUAGGCCAUAAUGUUCCACGCCUUUGGUCAGAUUAACAUAAAGCUGACAUGUAUGAGUUGUGCCCUGUUGAGCCAGAGCAUGAAAAAAAUUGUCAUAUUAAUUAAGGAGAACCUUAAACUCGAUUAGAUACAAUCACAAUGGCAACCACUAGAAUUUUCCUGUUGAUUACCCCAGAAUUGCUCUAGUUUGCCCUUGGCAAAUAAUGGCUCUUGAUUGUUUUAAGGUCAGGGGGUGAAGGAACUGUGCCAUUUUUAACCACUGGGUGGAGUAGAUGUGGUAUGCAUGGUCACUGAAUAUAGGGGCUGGGCCAUUUUUAGUGGCAUGGUGUAGGAAUUGUGCUGUUUUUAGUGACUUGGUGAACAAGCGGUGACAUAUUUGGUUCCUGCGUGGAGGGGCUGUGCCAUAUCCGGCCACUAGGUGAAGGAGCUGUGCCAUGUCUAGUAAUUAGGUGGAGGAGCUGUGUCAUGUGUAGACAUUAGGUGGGGGAUCUAUGCCAUGUCUAGUCACUAGGUGGAGGAGCUGUGCCAUGUCUAGUCACUAGGUGGAGGAGCUGUGCCAUGUCUAGUCACUAGGUGGAGGAGCUGUGCCAUGUUUAGUCACUAGGUGGAGGAGCUGUGCCAUGUCUAGUCUUUAGUUGGAGGAGCUGUGCCAUGUGUAGUCAUUAGGUGGAGGAGCUAUGUCAUGUCUAGUCUUUAGUUGGAGGAGUUGUGCCAUGUGUAGUCAUUAGGGGGGCAAGCUGUGCCAUGUGUAGUCAUUAGCUGGAGGAGCUGUGCCAUGUCUAGUCUUCUGGAGGAGCUGAGUCAUGUUUAGUCUUUAGUUGGAGGAGUUGUGCCAUAUGUAGUCAUUAGGGGGACAAGCUGUGCCAUGUCUAGUCAUUAGUUGGAGGAGCUGUGCCAUGUGAAGUCAUUAGGUGGAGGAGCUAUGCCAUGUCUAGUCUUUAGUUGGAGGAGCUGUGCCAUGUGAAGUCAUUAGGUGGAGGAGCUGCACCAUGCAUGAUCGCUGAGUGGAAGAACUCUUCCAUGUUUGGUCACUGAGUGGUAAAACUGUGCUAUGUUUGGUCAUCUGGAAGAUGAUCUGUGCUUUGUUUGUUCACCAGAUGGAGAAGCAGUGCCAUGUUUGGUCAUUUGUUAUAGAAGGUGAGAAGUGCAGUGUUCGGUCACCGGAGUGGAGCUGUAUUUUGUCACUUUGCAGAGGAAUUGAUCUGUGUUUAGAGAUUUGGCAGAGGGGAGGAACUUUGACUAUUGGGUAUAGGGAUUUUUACUUCUCUGAAUAAUGCAUCAUCUGUUACAUUGUUUGACUCUCCCUGCACCCUCUCAUAUUCUCUAGUUAUCUACAUUUGCUGCACCCCUGACACCUUCAGACAGCUCAUGCUCCAGGCUUUCAAUUCUGGUCUGUGUACGGGUGAAUAUGUCUUCUUUUACAUUGAUGUCUUUGGUGCCAGCCUGCAUGGCUCCAGCUUUCCUGACCCUCGACGACCCUGGCAUAGAGGAGAUGCACAUGAUGCCACAGCCAAGGAGGCCUUUAAGGUAAGGAAAGUCACAAAAGCCAUUUCCUCUUGUCCCAGAAUGUCCUUUGCUUUUCCAGAGGCAACUCAAACUUUUAAUAGAAUUCUGCUGUUUCCUCGGACUGGCUGAUGAGACGUUCAAGUCAUUAAUAAACAUAUACAGUGUGUCUGUCUUUUCCUAUCUCUGUGUAUUUCGUUUAUGCUGGAUCCUGGAGCCCCACAAGUGUUUUCCACUCUGUGAUUUAUUGGCUCUGACAGAAGAUAAAAUAAGUUAAUAAGUUGGUGAAUGUAAGAGGCGGGAUGUGCUUUAGUACUGGAUGGCAGAAACCUUCUGCCCAGUUUAGCAUGAUUUGAAAAGUGAAAGAGGCAGACAUACUCGAGGGGGGCUGUAAUAUUUAGAAGCUGUGGAUACCUGUCCCAAGGAUUUUCCAGUCCUGCUAUACAUAAAGUGAGGAGUGAGAGCCUUGAGAGAAUUACAUAAACUGGGCAAUCAUGGUGGUAUAGUUUACAUAAGGGGCAUAUUAUAGGGGAUAUAAAUGUAGGAGGGAUGAACACCAUACGACAUGUAGAUAAUGGAGGAUUUUUACUAAAGGGGAUAUGUCUAGGAGUGAGUAAUUUUAAACAGGAGAGAAAUACAGUAACAGUUAUAAACAAGAGGAGGUAUAGUAAAGGUUAUUAAUUGGAGAGGAGGUAUAGAAAAGGUUAUAAGCAGGAGAGGAGUUAUAGUAAAGGUUAUAAACCGGAGAAGAGGUAUAGUAAAUACAGUAUAGGUAUAGAGAAAUACAGUAACAGUUAUAAACAAGAGGAGGUAUAGUAAAUGUUAUAAAAAGAGAGGAGGUAUAGUCAAGGUUAUAAACAGGAGACAUAUAAUAAAUAUUAUAAAUAGGAGAGGGGGUACAGUAAGGGUUUUAAGCAGUAGACAUAUAUAGUAACGGUUACAAAGAGGAGAUGUGGUACUUUAACAAUUAUAAACAGGAGAGAGAGUACAGAAAUGGUUAUAAAUAUAUGAUGUGGGUACUGUAAGGGUUAUAAAUAGGUGAUGGGUUAUAAAUGGAAGAACGGGUACCAAAAGAGUUUUAAAAAGGAGUGUGUAUGCAGUAAGAGUUAAAAAUAGGGGCAGAGAACCAAACAUACACAGAUUAAAGGAGUGGUAUAUAUAACAGAUGAUGAUAACAUGUUGGAUUUAGAUAGAGGAAGCUGGUAAAUCUGUAAGAGAAUGCGCUCUAAUAGAUAGAUACAACAGUAAUUUAAUGAAUAACCAUCAACCCACUCAGAUUGUACUAAGAUACUGUGCACUAAAUCAUGCAUGCUUCCAUUCAUUCAUUCCUCCGGCUCACUCAGCUAGGAGAUGGCAUGGAUGGUGACAGCUAACCCGUCUCCCACUGUGUAUUGCCUUUGAGGUGUAAGCUGUCACACAGGAAUGACAAGUGGCAGGAACUGGGACAGGUUCUGGGUCUCUCAGUGCAGUCAGAGCAUGCCGCGUUAGAAUAUGUAAAUUACUGGAGACUCUAUAAAUUGUUCUACUGUAAUUCAGUACAAAGUAUGCAUGCCUGCUCACUAAUGGUGUCUCCCGGUCAGGUAGUGAUGAUUAUCACUUAUAGAGAGCCACAAAAUCCUGAAUAUAAAAGAUUCCUGGUGGACCUGAAGCAUUAUGCUGCUCUGCAUUUCAACCACACAACUGAGGACACCCUGGUGAGUACAGAUGGGGGAGUCGGGGGAUCUAGUAUGCACACAUGCUUUGAUACCUCUUAGCAAUUCCUCGACUAUUCUUUACUAAGAUAUAGUAUAUCAAUCUGAGCCUGAUCUCCUCACAAGCUUAUAACAUAUUGUAGAUCUUGAUAGUUGCACCACUGUGUCCUAAUAGACAGUAAAUUGUCUGCAAGAUACUAUCUAUGUGUAGGGUUAUGUUUAUUUUAUGUUUCUGUGUAUUUGUUUAGUGCACUGUAUAUGUAUGUAUGUAUGGCCCAGUGUACCCUGGAUGUGUGCAAAGGAUGUACCGUAUGGCCUAAGAUGAAAGCAUGUGCUUAUCAUGUGAGCACAACCAUCAUGUGUCACUAUAUAGUUUAACUACAUGUGUGUUGACAGAUGAAUACUAUAGCAGCCGCAUUCCAUGACGGUGUCAUGCUCUAUGCUCAUGCCGUCAAUGAGACCAGAGCUAAGGGCUAUAGCAUGAAGAAUGCCUCUGCAGUCACCGGUCACAUGUGGAACAGAACAUUCUAUGGUAAGACACAUUUAAACAUCACUGUUUAAAGUUCUUUGUUAGGCAUCAUUACAAAUGUUCUACUUGACAAAAUGCCACUUAGUCUCCUACUGAUGCAGCUUUAUGUGAUUCCACCAUUAACACUGCACUCUGAUUCGGCAUACUUUAAAGAUCAGAACUCAAAUUUUCCCAGUGAUGCUGUCAAAGAGAUUUCCAUUAAUGGUGUUACAUCAGUUCAGGCAAUGUCACUUUCUUAACAUAAUUGUUAAGUGUUAUUGUGCAGUAGAACAUUUAACACGUCAGUGAUGCAUCUUCGUAGUAUCCCACUUCUGACACCAAGUAUGAUUCCUCAGCUUAACUCAGCCUCAGAAUUCAGCCUCAUUUUCAUUCAGAUGUAACUUACUUUGAAAGUUUUUAUCUCCUGCUCUGUAAAUUGAACUUUAAUUGCAUACAGGAGGCUCCUGUAGAGUUUAGUAAGCUAUUAACAGAGCAGGAGAUUAGAAUUUCUCAGUUAAACAGAAUUUGCAAUAAAGGAAGUAUAAACAUAAGAUGACUCUUUACAGGAAGUGUUUAGGAAGGCUAUGCAAAGUAGAGAGGUUGGCUAGGGCUGCAUAAACAAUUAAACUCCUAAAUGGCCGAGAAUUAAGCAGUGAGACUGCAGAGACAUGAUCUAUACACAAAAACUGCUUCAUUUAGCUACAGUUGUUUUAGUGACUAUAGUGUCCCUUUAAGUACUUGUGUUGCUUUUCUUCCCACUGAACUCUUCUAUCUCCCUCUGUACUCACUGUUCAUUUCACUCAUCUUCCUGCUCUGUCCUUCCAUCACAUUUACCAUCUCCCAUCACUCCUCAUCCUUCUGUGCCAUCACUUCAUCUUUCCCCCUGCUGUACCCUCCUUUUACUCCUAUUUUUCUGUGCUGCAUUUCUGUUGGUUGGUCCUGGUGUGCCCUUACAGUAUAUUGCUUCUUUCAUCUGAUCCCUCUUCUUGACCAUCCCUUUGUGCCUUUUUAUAAUGCCCCUUCCCUCUUUUCCAUCCAGUUUUCUGUACACUCUGUUCCCUCCUGUCACCUCUUUUUGUAUCCAUCCUCUAUAUAAUUAAUUUCCUCUCUCCAUCUUGCACUAUACUACUGUUGCCUUACAUGCUCUCUAUUUUAGCCUUUUCAAUAAUCCCCGAUCUUACCCAUUUCUGCUAUGUGCCCAUAAAUCAAAUCUUUUGUUUCCACAAUUUCACUUUCUCCACAUUUCCCUCAUUUAAUUCUCCCUCCUGUUUUAUUUCUUAAUCUUUUCCUGUAACAGAGUGUCUCCCAUGUCGUCUCCCAAUCGUGGUCCACUCAGUAUUUUGCUAUCUCAUCUACCCUUUCUCUCUUCCCGCAGUGCUCCGUCUGUCCUUCCACCCACUGUCUGUUGAAUCAGGAGGUUUGCUUGUAAGAUAGGGGUCACCCAAGCAGAGUUCUUUCCCCCCACGUUGCAGCCUAUCCUAGUGACUCCUGGUUGAUGAGGGCAGCUUGUUAAUUAGAAAUAUGGAAUGCCGGGGCUGGGAGGAAUGUUUGUUCUGAAACGGACAACACACAUUAAUAAAAAACCUCUGAAGCUCAUGUGUGAGGUUACACAGACAUGUGUUACUGUAAUAAGUGGCUUCCUUACUGGUAUUUAUAGCUCACUAACCUGCAUAGCUCACAAUCUAGCUAGGAUCAUACUGCUUAUAGAUCUGGCACAUAAUAUUGCGCUGUAUCAAUCCAUACAGACUGCUGCAAUCUCUCCAUCUAUGGAUACAUAUUAUGAGGUUAAAGUAUAAUAAUACAAGGCCUGACUUUAUUCUACAUGUUUGAUUGUGAAGUAGACAUGAGACUUUUUGUUUAUUUUUGCAAAAGGCCCCCUAACUUUAUAUCAAGAAAAGUCAUUUUAACUGACUAUAGUGGAACUCUCUGUAUGUCCAGAGACUUAUCCCUGUCUGACGUUCGAGAAGUUGUUUUCAAGUCACCAUCUACUGCUAUAUCCUCCUACUAGGUAGCUUUUUAGAUAAGCUGUUAAUUUGUAUAAUGUUUGUCACAGGAGUGUCAGGGUUCAUGAAGAUGGAUGCCAAUGGGGACCGUGAAAAUGACUAUUCCUUGUGGGAUAUGUCUGAACGCAGCGGGGAGUUCCAGGUGAGAACAGACUGGUUUUGCCAUCAGAUAAGGUGAGAGAUCACGCCACAUACUCCAGUGAUUAACUGUUUCCCUCUGCCGCAGAUUGUAUUGAAUUACAAUGGGACAUUGCGGACCAUAGCCCCCAAGCGGGAGAUCCAUUGGCCAGGGAACAAGAUCCCAAGAGAUGUUCCACCUUGUGGCUUUGAUAACAAUAACCCAGAAUGUAUGAAAGGUAGGUGAGCAUGUAAGAAGAUGUUAUACAUUUCUCAUUGGUAUGCGUGUUGUGAUGAGGAGUUGUACAGUCAAUAUUGAUGGGGUUGAUAUAAUGGGAAGCUGUGCAAUUAUUAUUGGUGUCUGUUAUACAGUAAGUAUUGGUGGGUGUUUUGUGAUAAAAUGUUAUACAGUCAAUAUUGGUGGUUGUUGUAGUUAUGAUGGGAGCUUGUAAUACUGGUUUUAUUGGAUGUGUUGUACAGGUCGUCUUGGUAAGGGUGUUUCACCCCCUAAUGGGAGCUGUACAUUCAGUACUGUUGGACUGUUGUAAUGGGGUAUUGUACAGAUAGUAUUGGUGGGUGUGUUGUAAUGUGGUUUUGUACAGUUGCUAUUGGUGAGUAUUUCAUGAUGAUGAGUUUGAACUUUCAGUAUUGAUGGAAUGUUGUAUAGUGUGUUGUACAGUCAGUGUUGGUACGGAUGCUGUAAUGGGGUGUUUUAUAGUCAAUAUCAGUAGGGGUGAGGUACAAUCACUAUUGGUAGGGUUGUUGUAAUUGAGUGUUGUACAGUCAGUGUUGGUACGGAUGCUGUAAUGGGGUGUUUUAUAGUCAGUAUCAGUAGUGGUGAGGUACAAUCACUAUUGGUAGGGUUGUUGUAACUGAGUACAGUCAGUGUGGUAGGGGAGUUUAAUAAGUUGUUGGCACUGUGUAUUUUGCAGCUAGUUUUGGUGUGGGGUGGUGGUUGUGAUGGCAUUUUGUGCAGUCAGUUUGUUGUAGGGGUGAUGUUAUGCUGUAAUAUCAUGCAGUGGGUAUUGUUGCGACUGUUCUUUGUAGAGGUGAUGUAAUGGGUGGAAGCCAUAUAAUUACAGUUUAAGUUAGGUCAUUGAUAAUUAUUGGUUCCAUAACUUUUGUGCAAUUUAUUGUUUUCUCACAGCCAGCUUCUCUAUACUGGAAAUAACUUCCAUCGUUAUGUGUAUUAUACUGCUUGUGAUCACCAUCUCCUCCAUCUUUAUAUACAGGUAAAUCCUGCCAGGCUCCUCUUGCAAAUUGCAGGUCGAGCUUAUUGUCCAUUAUUCUUUCUGCUCCGUUUCUCGGCCUUUGAGCUGUUGCAUAAAAUGGAACUCUCAGAAUGGAAGGGGAGAAGGGGGCGGUAGGGAUUCUGAAUCACAUGAAUACUCGUUAGGUGCUCACAGGCCCUAUUCACCUUGUUUCAAUGCAAGCGGCAAGCUGAGCCAGUAAUUGCAUGGGAUCACAGUUUAACGUCAGCUGUCAAAACCAAGAGGGGAAAAAAGAGGAUUAUAGGAGAAAGUGUUCUGAGUCGUGCGCUGUACUGCCAAGACCUAGACCCUUACUGUCAAUUUAUCAAAGAUAUAAUAAUAAAUAUAGACAGAGUUUAGUUAGCUAACACCAUAAUGCAUUUAUAAAACCGUAGUUAACGAGUGACCUCAAACCAGACUUAAAUAAUAUGCAGGUGGGCCACCAUGCUCUGUGUAUUUUAGUAGAAAUCAUAUAUGUAUGUGUAUAACGGGUAUAAAAUAAAUAUAUAAAAUAGGUAUAUACAUAUAUGUUUGUGUGUGUGUAUGUAUUCAUAAACUGUUCCUGCAGGAAGCUACGUCUGGAGAAGGAGCUGGCUGCUGAGCUGUGGAAAAUCCGGUGGGAAGACAUUCAGACCAGUAACAUGGAGAAGAACUUGCGCAGGGCAGGAAGCAAACUCACCCUAUCACUGGUAACCUCAUCAGAGCAACACAAACCGCACCCCGUGUCCAAGGGCAAUCCACCCAUACGUAUUACUUCUUGUCAUAGCUCGGGAUCUUUGCAUUAAAGUCUGAGUCUUCAGAGGACCCGACUGUGACAAUAAAUCUAUGUCCAACUCUCUGCAUUUACUGGCUUACUUUUAACCAAUUAUGAUAUAGCACCAGCAAUGUCUGCAGUCCUAAUUUAGUACAGGCUUACUUUGAUGAGCAAGCAGUUGCAGCAGAUCGGAGACCUGCUGGAAAAGGGUACUUGGUCAAGGAAAACACAGGGUAUGGAGAGGGGCUAGAAAGGACCAGUUUCUUAGGUGAAUGUUGGAGACCUGUCUGGACCAAAGUGUUCUUAAUAUUCAAAUGCGGAGAAUUGUCUGCAGAUACUAGACUCAGUAGUUCUUAUUUAGAUUGAUUAAAGCUGCUUGUUAUAUGCACUACCAAGCUUAUUAUGUGUAUGUGUCAUAUAUUUUUCAGCUGUUGCUGUCCUAUGUUGUGCUUCAACUAUCCCCUAAUAAAUGCUUUUUUGUAACCCAUUUUCUGGCUCCACCUGAGUGCUCUCUAGCCAAACGUUUUAGUGUUUAGAUAUUUGCCAACCUGUGUUUUGGGAUUGUCAUUAACAGUUUUUUUGGUAACUGAGCUUGAAGAUGACAAAUGCUUUUGCUAGUAGGUUUAAUAAUUUGCUGCGAGUAAGGUAUCAGAGGGCAAAAAAUUGCCAUUCCAGCUGCGGAGGAAGGAAAUGUCUCUGAAGAAGGACAUAUUAGACUCAAACUCAUGGCAAUGUGUCCGACCAUUCCUGAUUAAGUUUCAGAGGAAGAGCCAGACCCCUGCAUCUCUUGGAUAUCUAACCCUAUCUCCAGUAUGUACCGGAUGGAUAUCCCGGAGUAUUAUGAAAUCUACUUGAUCCUGCUGACUCAGUACUAGUAGCACUAAGAUCCAUGGGAUAUUUGUGGAAGAUAAUAGCUGGAAUGGCUCCCACUAAAUCAUCUGAAUCUAUGAUUACGUUGGUCUCAUGUCCUCCUGUGUGUGAAAAAUUACAAAAACGCUGUGCCACAGUUUAAUGUGACAUUAUCUUACAUUCUCAGAGGAUGAAUUUACAUUACUGAGUAGAGUGAUUAUUACCCAACAGAUCCCCUGCCAAACCAUUCUGGCAGAGACACCCUUUGAAGACUUUUCAGGAUUUAUGGGGUCUCUUGGUGCUGGAAUUGUUACAUGUUUUACUAUGGUCCUAACACAUUACGUACUGACAAAGAAAUUGAAUAUAGAUUGUGUUUUAAAAAAAUAGUUUUUGUGUUUCAUACUGCAAGCCUUCGCACUCUCCACUUAGAUUGUUGAUAGUAUUAGUUGAGUGAUAUACAGCUGUGUGCUAUCAUUACAUAUACAGUAUUAUCCUACCAUGUUAAUUAAUAAAUCAACAUUGUAUAUUUAGGGACUAAGGGAAGGUAUGGAUACACACAGAGACAAACUUUUAAUCCUGAAAUUAAAUGCCUAUGACUUAAUGUUGCACCACACAUGUUAUGCUAGGUUUGGGAUUUAGUCAAUUUAUAGCCAGUUGGUGCUCUAUGCAAAGAAGUCACUAUUUUCUGGCGUUGUUUGAUUAUUACUUUCAUAACAUUAUUUGAUAGUCUUCAAUCUUUUAAUCUUCUCCCACUGUUGUCUUUCAACUCAUAUCCCUAUUCUUAAACACCCUGCCUUCCAAAACUUUUCAUAACAGGUUUAUUAGCAUAUUCAUCAUCAUCACAAGGUCUUCUCAAAUUCCACAAUGCACACUCAUAGCCAAAAAAAAUGAUCUUAUCUGCUUUCUUACCACCCUCUAUUGCCUUUGCAACUUCCACUUGUGUGUAGAUUGCUAGAAAUGAUAUGUCCACAAACUGUGCCAUACGCACGUUUUUACAGGAAAGUGUUUUUUUAUAUCUUGUAUUCCCACUAUUUCCUUUUUUUUUUUUCUUCUUUUUUUUUUUACUCCAGCGAGGUUCCAAUUAUGGAUCACUUCUCACAACUGAGGGUCAAUUUCAGAUUUAUGCCAAGACGGCCUAUUACAAGGUAACCAAACCUCCUUCACUAUGAUAUGCCACACAUGAACAUUGACCUGUUACAAUCAAUGCUGUCUUAUAACUAUUGUAUGGCACUCCCCUGAUGUGUUAUUGAGUCAUUGGUUUUGUCUGGCUUCUCCUUUUCUUAUUAAAAUAUGACCAAUAUACUGCCUCUAAAAGUGUUAUCUUAUCUGUUCCUAUUAGUGAUAUGACCCUCCACCUGUCUCCCGUAGUCCUCUCCUGUGAUUGCCAAUGAUUUUCUAACCUUGCUAAUAACGCUCUCAUUUUCCUUUCCAUACAGGGCAAUAUCGUUGCUAUUAAAUAUAUAAACCGCAAGCGCAUAGAACUAACUCGGGAAGUUCUGUUCGAGCUAAAACAUGUAAGCAAUUUUUGGACCCCUCCUGCUGACCAUUUGGUGAUCUUGGCCCCCACAUUCCCAUGCACUGAAUAGCCCAAUGAUGACCCAUUUCUUGCACGAUCCUCCUUCUGUGUUCAUCUGGGAGCCAUCUCUUUCAGACACAUCCUUGGCUAACACUUCCAGGAAAAUCUGCUGACCUAUCAUAAAUCCCAUAAACAGCCUGUUUUAUUGACCAUGCUCCCCUCCACUUAGCCUGAGUGGGAGGCUUCACGCUGACCCCUUACACGCGUGCACACACUCCACCCUUGGGGACUGCUACUCCACCCUAUAGUUUAACAUUGCUUUAUAUUAAUCUGUACAAAAAAAAAAAAAAAAGCUAAGCUCUUUUUUUUUUGCACAUUUCAUUCUUUUAAAAGUUCACUGGAGUUAAAUAUCCUUUUUACUGUUAUUUCAUUUUAUUUGCUAUGGAUCUCCUUAUGCCAGGGAGAACUCAUGCCGCAGCCUCUCCCCCUCCCUUCUAAGUUGUGCAAACCAUCAUAACAAAAUAACAAAUGCAGAAAAUUAGCUGCUGGUCAACAAAACAAGGCCAAGUGCUUGCUGGGAAGAGGAAUUUCAUUUCAUUGACAAUUUAACUGCUUUGUAUAAUGUUAACACAAAAAUAUAGACUGUAUUUUAUAGAUGCUUUACUUGAAGAUAGCAAAAAUUGGCACGUACAGUUGCAGAUUUACUGAGCCAACACUAACCUAGCGGAAUGUUGCCUGAGGAUCAUGGGAGUAAUAAUUCUAGAGCAGCUGGAGAGUCCUGCUCUAAUAAUUGCUAUUUACGUGACCUGCGUUAAAUGUCUGGCACACAUAGUUUACUAUUGCAAAAUAUGCAAAUUUCUCUCUUUUUUUGGGUGAUAAUUGCUUUGUUUUCUUUCUUGCUCAAUUUCUCUUUGUAUUGGCCCCUGUCUCUCAGCCCCAUGUCAGUAUCUCUCUCUUUCCAUCUCCGCUGUUCUUCAAACAGAUAAUGUUAUUUGCUCUGUUCCAAUAUUAUUUAGAACUGACCCUGACAUUUCAGUAAUGUUUUAGAUGUUCAGACACUUGGGAGAGAGAACCGCCUCCUCCUCUCUCACUGACUCUUCUUCCCACCCUGUGUCUCGCUCUCUGCCCAUUCUAUCCAUCCCACCCUCACCAUCUCUUUAUCACUCGAUCUGUCUCUUCUCUUCCAUCAGUAACCUUGUCAUGGCUAUCUCUCAUUCUAUAUUUCCAGAACUGCUAUCUCUCCCUCUGUAACUCUGACACAUCUACCUCUGUCCUGUAACGCUAGAGCUUCUAUCUCUCCCUCUGUAACUCUGACACAUCUACCUCUGUCCUGUAACGCUAGAGCUUCUAUCUCUCCCUCUGUAACUCUGACACAUCUACCUCUGUCCUGUAACUCUAGAGCUUCUAUCUCUCCCUCUGUAACUCUGACACAUCUACCUCUGUCCUGUAACGCUAGAGCUUCUAUCUCUCCCUCUGUAACUCUGACACAUCUACCUCUGUCCUGUAACUCUAGAGCUUCUAUCUCUCCUCUGUAACUCUGACACAUCUACCUCUGUCCUGUAACGCUAGAGCUUCUAUCUCUCCCUCUGUAACUCUGACACAUCUACCUCUGUCCUGUAACUCUAGCGCUUCUAUCUCUCCCUCUUUAACUCUGACACAUCUACCUCUGUCCUGUAACUCUAGCGCUUCUAUCUCUCCCUCUUUAACUCUGACACAUCUACCUCUGUCCUGUAACUCUAGCGCUUCUAUCUCUCCCUCUUUAACUCUAGUGCCACUACCUCUCGCUUUGUGCUUCCAGCCUGGGCCCACUACCUCUAUUACUCUAUCUCUGUUACUUCUUCCUCUCUGUACCUCUCCUUGAUGCCCCGCUGUGUAAUUCACCCCUGCUAUAGCCCUUUGUAUAUCUCCAAAUUUAUCCUCUUUAAUUCCAUCCCCACGAUCUCUGGCUCUGUAACGUCUCUCUCUCCCCUACUACCACAAAAUCUAUCAUUAUAGCUCCCCUAACCCUCCUUCUUUAACUUCGCCCCUGUUUCUACAUCCUUUGUAAUUCCAUACAGGCUGUCUCUGACUCUGUAACUAUAGACCACAACCUCUCCCUCUGUCCCCAUCACCUUUCCCUAAGUAACUUUAUCCCUACUAUCACUUUUUACAUCCCCACUAUCCUCUCUCUGUAACUCUGCUACCACUGUCUCUGUAAAUCCAUCCCCUACGUUUAACGCUAAUUCGAGCACUGCUAACUCCCCCUCUGUGAUUCGAUCCCCACCACCUCUCUUUCUUUAACUGUGUUCUACUUCUGUAACUCAAUCCUCACUACCUUUCCCUCUAGAACUCCAUUGCAGCAAUAAUCUCCCCUUUGUUAUUCUAUCCUGCUACCACUCCCUCUGUAAUUUCAUCCUCACUACUUUUUUAUCUCUAUAACACCAGACCUGCUAGCUCUUGUUCUGUAAAUCCGUCCCCCUCGUCUCCUGCUAACUCGAUCAUGCUAACUCUGCCUUUGUGAUUCAAACCCCACUACCGCUCCUUCUCUAAACUCUGUUUUUGCUACAUUUUCUUCUUUAACUCAGUUCCUGCUACCUCUGCCUCUGUAGCUCCACCCCCACUGCCUCUCCCUUUGUAGCGCAAUCCCUAUUACCUCUCUCUAUAACUUCUCCUCCUCUUUAAUUCUAUCUGUCCAUCCCCACUACUUUCUUCUCUGUAACUACCUCCAAUAACAUAAUUACAGUGUUUACCACUAGUGAAUGUAAAGUAGUGGCUCCUCCAUUAGGGCUGUUUAUCCAAUUGUUAACUGUUUAUCACUAGAAAUUCACAUCUUUCAACCACAUUUGUAUUAUAGAUGAGGGAUGUGCAAAAUGAACAUCUUACCCACUUUGUGGGGUGCUGCAUUGACCCACCGAACAUCUGCAUCCUCAUAGAGUACUGCCCCAGGGGUAGCCUACAGGUAAGAUCCACAAAGAGCAUGGCCAUCUAUCUCGUUAUAAGCUUACAUUCCUGGUUAUUUACAACUAGUAACUUUUUAUUGUUACUGCGUUGUCCCUUAAGACAAUUUAAAUAUAUUUAAUCCACGGAAUUACAAUUGCCACUUACCCCCAAAUAAUGGUAUAGUAUUUGUAAAAUGUCCCUAUAUCAUAGACAGAGAAGGCAUGUUUUAUCUCAUCACGUGUGUUUUUGGUGUUUGCAGGAUAUCCUGGAGAAUGAAAGCAUCACAUUGGACUGGAUGUUCAGAUACUCUUUAACAAAUGACAUUGUUAAGGUAAUUAUCUACCAUGUCCCAAGUUCUUGGGAACAGCCGUAUUAGAGCCACAGUUAGAAGUUCUAAUAAUGUACUGUACACUCCUCAAUACAUCUUGUCUUUAAUUAACCAAUAUACCCAUCUUGUUCCCUUCACUCUACUAUUUAUUCCCACAUCCUCAUCUACAGAAUUUCUCACAGGCUACACCAUUUUUAAGGAAAGUCCUACCUCCUAUUAUGGGACUUCCCCCUCUAGUAUUUGUAGUCACUGAUAACCCACCAGUAAGAUUGCCAUAGGUGGAGAUCUUACUUGGUGACUAUGCUCUUAUUACAAGUCCUCCUGUCCCUCCACACUUCACCUGUGUUUUCAUUAUCCAUUUUAGUUUCUCUCCUUCUCUACCAUUCCUCUUUACAACUUGAUAUAGACAUCUCCUCCCAUCUGACAAAUAGUUUUUCCUUUUCCUCCUUGAUUGAAAUCUUGUGUCUAUCAACAGUAUUUUUGUAUGUAAAUAAUCCCAUUUAUAAUUGUAAAGAAAAUGUGGAAAAUGAUGGCACUUUUGUUAGGCUGCAGCUUUUGCCAAGCUCUGCACUUUCCAUGGUUGUUUUCCUCAUUUCCUCUCUUUUUUGUUCCUUACUUUGCUCUUUUCAUGAAUUGACUCUUUCAUUGUUCUCUCUUAUCCCAAGUACGUCUCUCUAAUACAUUCUGUAUCCUUUCACACUUUUCUGUUUCCUCCUAACCCAGUAUCUCACCCACUGUUAAAUCUCUCUCCAGGGGAUGCUUUUUCUCCAUAACAGUGUCAUUAUAUCUCAUGGAAACCUCAAGUCCUCCAACUGUGUGGUAGAUGGUCGCUUUGUCCUAAAGAUAACGGAUUAUGGCCUGGCGAGUUUCCGCUGCGCUCUGGAUUCAGAGGAUACCCAUGCUUAUUAUGCCAGUGAGUGCCAACAUUGGCAUGUGUGCAUGUGAUUAGAUGACUUGUGGAUGCUUUGAGUGUGGGAAUGUAGUGUGUUUGCAAUAAAGGUAAAAUGGUGUUUUUGAGAGAGGAACCAUCGGAGGAGGCUGCAAUCAAAGUGCAAGGCAAUGUUAAUGCUCCCUCAAAUACUCCACAAUUAUAUUUUCUCUUUUUUCAGAGAAGCUUUGGACUUCUCCUGAACUGCUCCGCAUGGAAAAUCCUCCCCCACAAGGUACCCAGAAAGGAGAUGUAUAUAGUUUUGGUAUUAUACUGCAAGAGAUUGCCCUACGGAACGGUGUCUUCUACAUAGAUGGUUCAGACUAUAGUCCUAAAGGUAGGGAUCCUGCGUGGCCAUCCUUCACUGGAAGAUUCACUCUCCUUUUCUGUCUUUCCAUCAAUUCUUGACAUAUCUGUAACGUGUUCAUACCUUCUCUCUCUAUAAAAGUGUGUAGCGCUCCUCUUUGUGUGAGCUUUCUGUCUGAUGUUCUACUUUCUCCCUUUUUACAUUACUUUCUUGUGGCCAGAGAUAAUUGAGCGAGUGCGGAGCCGGGAGAAGCCCAAUUUCAGGCCCUCCACCAACAUGUAUUGCCAUAUUCAGGAGCUGGGACUUCUCAUGCAACGUUGCUGGGCUGAAGAUCCAUUAGAGAGGCCAGACUUCCACCAGAUUAAAGUGCUGCUACGGAAAUUUAACAGGUAGUCUGUUAUUUUUUCCUCAAUCUCCAUUUGUUCCUGUUACCUGUUCUCCUUUUUUUUGUCCCCUUCCUACACACUCUCCAUGUGUUUAACUUCUCACCCAGGGAGAGCAGCUCUAAUAUCCUGGACAACUUGCUCACUCGGAUGGAGCAAUAUGCUAAUAACCUAGAGGAGCUGGUGGAGGAGCGGACACAGGCCUACCUGGAGGAAAAGCGUAAAGCAGAAGCACUACUCUACCAGAUCCUGCCACAGUGAGUGUGAGCAGCUCUGGCCUGUUUUAAGUCCACUGCUAUCCUCUCUAUUGUCAGACCUAUCGCUAACAAUACCCUUUUAUGUGAUACCUCUCUUCCACCACCUUGUACUGUAACACAUCUUUCAUGCUAGAUCCAUUUCCUACUACCCAUACGGUUAAAUCUCCCAUUACCUUGUACUAUGAGAAUUAUUUUGUGCCAUCGUGAUCUGAAACCUCCCUUUAUCACAUGCCAUGUGAUCACUCUAUAGAAACGUUGCAUUGCGAGAGCUUUAUUGCAUUUUACCGCAAAAUAACUCUCCUGCCACCCUGAUUUGUGAGACAUUCGCUCUGUUUUAUUUCCACUACCCCUAACUGUGAGACAUUUCCCUAUUCCGUACUUCAAGAACUUUUACUGCACCCCAUAAUGUGUAAUGUCUCUUUCACCACGCCAUAUUGUGUGAUCUCCCUCCUUCACCCUCCCCAUAUUGUGAGACCUUUUAUUUUCCCCACGCCAUACUGUGAGACCUUUUUCUUCUCCAACCCUACACUGUGUGAUCACUCUCCUGUUCUUUGAGGCUUUAAAUUCAUGCCUUUCAUGAUCCUUUAUUGUGAUCCCGUACCUGCUCUCUCUCCUCCACCACCCUAAACUCUUUGACCUUUGAUUUGUUUUGGCUAUCUGCAUCUUAUAAUCCCCCCUCUGUUUCUUUCCCUUUCCACCCUGUCAAUGUAUGAAUUUGCUGUCUCUCCUGACCCACAGCUCCGUGGCUGAGCAGCUGAAGAGAGGAGAAACAGUUCAGGCAGAAGCCUUUGACAGUGUCACCAUUUAUUUCAGCGACAUUGUGGGGUUCACAGCACUGUCUGCAGAGAGCACCCCGAUGCAGGUAAAACUAAUUAGCUAUCACAUCUUGUAUCCUCAUAAUUUGAAUCGUACCACAUUACGUGCAAUACCUGUGGAGAGCUAUUGUGUCCAAUGUGAAUGUGUUAUGAAGAUAAUGUGUCUUUGUUGAGCCUAUGGAGAGCUGCUGGGCUCAGUGUUGGGUCUGUGACACACUGUACUGUUCAUCGUUCUUUAGUGAGAUUCAGGAUUCAGUGUGCAGUCUGUGAUAAACUGCAUGUGUGAAUAAUAUAGCACAUUGUGCUGUGUGUAUGUAAUGGCAACAAAUGUGUUAGUGUAAAAAAAAUUCUGAAUAACUAAAAAUGAUAUAUAUACAAUCGAGAAGGACUCUGCAGUCGACAUCUCAGUAUAUUGUUGGCCAUGGUGCAACUUCCGUCAGAUACAAAAUAAAAAAUAAAAGUGCACUCGCUGGACUUAUUUGCAAUUACUUGUAGUCCUGCCUUUAUUUAUCCAUGGCAGUAAAAAGCACAGUAGUCUACUGCGUUUAUUACUGCCAUGGAUAAAUAAAGGCAUUACUGCAAGCAAUUGAAAAUAAGUAAUUAAGUCCAGUGAGUGCACUUUAAUUGUUUAGUUUUGUGUGUGUAUGUAUCUAUUUUAUUUUUGUAAUUUUUCCAUUUUAUAGGUAGUAACUUUAUUGAAUGAUCUCUACACCUGCUUUGAUGCAAUAAUAGACAACUUUGAUGUGUACAAGGUGAGUCACAUUUCAUCACCUUGGGACUCUUCUCCCAUUUCCUCUAUUUCCUAGAGGAGCAUUCUGAGCACCAUAUUCGGUACAUGUCAGUGUAGUAGUUUUGCAGCCAUUAGGCCGUGUGUGCUUUCCCUUGGUUCUUGGUUAAAGCAAUUUCAAACAUGUAAUUGCUAAUGUGGAAGUUCCACUUCUGCUUGACCAAAAUCAAUGUGAUCCUUAUUUUAAUCCCAUUCAUUAGUUGAGAAUGUCUGUUGAUUCACUUAGGCAAUGAGUAGCAUUACCAUAUGGAUGAAACUGAUGAAGUGGAACUUCUUCAACAAUUCCAGCCUCGAGACCAAAGUUUAGGUAAAAUUCUCAGAUGUUUUUACCAAGAACCAGGGAACAGCAUCUGCAGUCUAGCAGCACCCUAACCACUACAUCAGCUUUUUAGUGUUUUUGGUACCUAGAUUGCUAUUUUAAUUUGUGGUAGUACGUGAUUGUAAAUGAUCAUUAUUGUUAAUAAUAUCAUUAAUAACAAUUAUUAUUAAAGGUGGCUUAUUCCAGAAUUCCUAUAGAUACACUCUGUUUCUAAUCUCUCUUUAUCUCGGGUCUCGUUCUUUCUCCUCCACUCCCCAAGGUGGAAACUAUAGGCGAUGCAUAUAUGGUGGUGUCUGGUCUCCCGGUUCGUAAUGGUAAGCUUCAUGCUCGUGAGAUUGCACGCAUGUCCCUUGCUCUCCUAGAUGCUGUGAAAACCUUCAAAAUCCGUCACCGGCCUGACCAGCAGCUUCGACUUCGCAUUGGACUUCACACAGGUGAGAGGGUGGAGAGUGCUCCUUAAACGGGACAGCUCUCACGUUUUUAAGGUGUUGUCACAAUGACGACAUUGUUUUCUAUGACAUUUUCAUUCUGAAGAUCUUGUAGUCUACCUUCCAGGUUAAAGCUGGAAAGGAUAAGUCACUGUACUUUGUUUUACCUGUUAAACACAUGCAUUGCUCAUUCUCAUAGACCGCUGUAGAUUGCAUGCGGCAGGCUUAUUUUCUUUGCCACCAUGGAAGCUCACAGACUCACUAAAGACUCUUCUUUUUGCUAGGUCCUGUCUGUGCUGGGGUAGUGGGACUAAAAAUGCCUCGAUAUUGCCUGUUUGGAGACACAGUGAAUACAGCAUCGCGCAUGGAAUCUAACGGAGAAGGUAAUUAGGUGUAUAUCUCUAGACAGGCCAAAUACUGGAGGUAUCUUGAGCUGCCAUGUGUUAAUUUUGGCCACGUUUAUCUGUCACAUGAUGUAUUUGGCAGUUACAGGUGUCACAUAAAGUUUGUCUCUAGAGGUGCCACGUGGUGUGUGGCUUUCCUAGGUAUCUGUAGAGGUGCCAAAUGCUGUAUGUGAUUGCCAUGAGUAUCCCUUGAUGUUGAGUGUCACUGUACUGGGGAUCUUUAUACCUGACUGUCCCUCUAGACAGGUGGAGUACUAAUGGUACUGGUUGUGACUAUGGAUUUUACUGGCUCUUUUGCAGAAUGCUCUCAAUCCUUGUGCUAUGAGAGUGCUUACAAUCUUAGAUCUUCUGGUUGUGUUUGUAUGGGUUGUUGGCCGAGCACUGUCUGACUUCCAACAUACUUUCAGUCUUCAUGUUGUCAGCAUGCUUGCUGUGUAGUGUUCAUAUCAGUUGUGUCUGUGGACGAUGCACUUGUAGCAUUAUCUGGCUUUGUUCCAUUAUACUUUGGUAGUCCUAACAGAACAUGGCAUGUAUCCUCUGGUGAUUUCUAGCCACUUAAAGUGUAUCAGUGUAAUCUCCAGGCUCCUGCAGCUAUACUAGCCAAACUCAUCUUUCUGUAUUCCAGCUCUUAAGAUCCACGUUUCUACGGCCACGAGAAAUGUCCUGGAGGAGUUGAAUUGCUUUGAGCUAGAACUGAGGGGGGAUGUGGAGAUGAAGGUAAUGCUUGCGUUAUAUGUAACUUGUGCUUGCUUAAUGUAAACAUGUUACAUUAAUCUGACCCUUGUACCAUCACUUAUUGUCCUAAAGGGUAAAGGAAAGGUGAGGACAUACUGGCUACUGGGCGAGAGAAGCAGCAGCACCCGUGGGUGACAAAGAGACCUGUUCAUAAUAAAUGUGUUUGUUUUUACCUCUGGGGUGUGACUGAGAUCCCUGCACAUCCCUGUCACCCCACACAUGACUUUACUGGGGCUGUAAAUUGACAUUCACUUGAAGUGGAGUCAGAGGACUCAGGGGAUGCUUGUUUUCGCCUUCCCCCCACCUCGUGAACAAAGACAUGGAACCAUACAAUGUGCUGUUAUUUCACGCAAAAUGCUGACCAGAGCAGUGACCAAAGGGAAAGACGAAUUGGAGGAAGCGUCUUGGAUGUGGUUUAUUUGGUUUUCUUCUGCUACGAAGAUCACUUGAGUCUCCUACCAAUUUCAGACAUUCAACUUGUACUCAUGAUGAAAAUGGUUCUUAAAUUUUUUACAAAAUGUUAUCUUUAUGCCAGAGGUUUAUUUGAUGUGCACAGUUACAAUGUGAAAAAUUUUCAAGAUUUCAUUAAUUUCUGCUCAAACACAUUAUUGUUUUAGUAAAGACUUGUAAAUGUGCACAUCACGCAGUUUGUAGCAAGAGAAACUAUAUAUGUUUUUGAAGACCUUGAAGACUUGAUUAAUUGGACUUACUUAGUUUUUUGUUUUGACGACUUUUGUGGAAGUACAGAAGUGAGCAGGCAAUGAAAAGAUUUGGUGCCCUCUUUUCCCUAUGCCUCCAAAAUAUGUGCUUUGUUGCAAUAGGGUGCAGAAAUAUUGGAUAUCAAAAUAGACUUGAGAGUACUGUUUGUAAUCUGCAAUACAUUGUUGUGUACCGUCCACAAAUCUGAACCAAGGACCAUUAUUUUACUGAUAUAAAGAUUUCUAAAUUCUCUCAUUCUUGGUGUUCUGAAGCAGAGGGGAUAAAAAAUAUUUUAGGGGAACCUUGUCAGAAGACAUCUCUAGUUGUUCAGAGAUUAUAGAACAGAGGUGAGAAACAGUAGGAAAGAGGUUUGAUAAUCAAUUAAGUAACUGAUAAGCAAUUAAAUAAUGUGGAAGAGAAAUUAAAGAGGUGGGAAAAGAGAACAUGUCAAUAUUCUGGCGCAUAUGAAAGUUGGGAUACAGGUGUGUAUCUAUAAAGGAAUUAGUAACAGAUAGUGAAAUAGUGUUACAUUUAUAUAUAUAAUAGCGCUAUAAUUGUUGCACUUACAGAGAAGACGAGUUAGGGUGCCUCCCCCCGUGAUAGAAUUGGGUGCCAGAGUAGGAUAAAAUCUCAAAGAUCCAGGUUGGUAUUCAAAAAGGUUUAAUGUAAACAAAUUCAAAGACAAUGAAAUGAAUAAAAUUGGGUCCAACGUGUUUUUUCCCACCUAGGUGGACUUCCUUUGGGACCAUAAAUAAAAACAAUCAACAUGCAGUAAAUCAUAAAACAUACAGCCUAAUAACCUCCCCCACUGAUACCACUUAUGUAGGCCUAAUCCCUAUCAUUCAUUGGUGGCUUGUCAGGUGUGUCUCCCAGUUGAUCCAUGAUAGGUUCCUUCAUGUGUCCCAUUAACCAACGUUCUCCGAAUAUGAGGAUUCCCCUCCUUGCAGCCGCUCUACCUAAUUUCUGGAUGUGGACGCCAUGAAUGCUUCCACUUGCGUUCCACCGCCAGCUUCCCUGCAUUCCAUUCGUGACUUCAUGUUCCUGUCGGCUAUAUGAGCUGUGCCGAUCACAUGAAAAUGAAUUGCCCAUUAAAAAGAAAUAAUACAAGUAUCUUAGAUGAAGUGUUGCAAUUUGUUUCAAGUAACAAAUAAAACAUCCAAAUUAAUAAACCAUAUCUCAUAUA